GGAAGUUGCUGCCGCAGACAGCAGCAGCAGCAGUGAUUCGGCAGCGCAGGGCAACGGGAGAAAAUCUGUCCGUUUUAAACCAUGGCGACGCACUAAACGAUGCCUUUCGCAGAGGAAAACGGAGAGUAAGUAGUUCUAUCUUAAUAACACGCCUGCUGCCCGAUACUGCGUGACAUCCUCUUAAAUUGUGGGAUAAAUAUGAAGAAAAGCUGGAGGAGGCAACAAUGGGACUGUGUAUGUUUCAGACUGACUGGCUAGGUUAGCUAGCCAGGAGCCUGGGCAGUCAGCUGGCACUCUGAACUGGCAACAUGCAGGUUUAAAGCUACUGUACUGGCUCCCUGUGAUGACUGUGUAUCAACUUUAAAAACCCCUAUGCUCAGCGGCCUUUGAGGGGCGAAAACUGUUUCAUUUGGCACUUAAAGAGUCGCGAAUUGUUGUUAAAAGCUUGUUAUAACUAAAUGAAAUUGGGUUUGUGUUGAUGGGCUGGUGAGCUAGUUUUCUGCCAAAAUUAAACAACCGGCGAGGAUUAUUUUUAGCUCAAUUUGUAUGCAAAAUCUCCUCGCCAUUAUGUUUUCAUUACCUUAAUGCAGACAGCUCCAGAGAGGAAUGAUAAGUUACUCUCCUGGGAAAAAGAAGCUGCGCAUGAAGUUGGAAGUGUGGUUAUUUCCUGCUAUUCCCAGCUUGCAAAGUAUGCUGUAGCUGUCACUGAGUUGUCUCCCUCUGCUAACAUCUGAUAUACUCAUUAGGACAUGCAUGCAUACAUCCAUAUUUAGAGUGUCAGUCGUCUUCACGUGUGAUACAGAUGUUGUGCAGCCUCCCUGCUCCCCCAGCCCGUCUGCAAAUAACACCUCCUAAUAUAACGAGGGAGGGAAAGUGUUUCCACCUGCAAAGGCAAGUGUUAAAGGUGAUAACAAAAGGUUGACGUCACCGGGCUCAUCCUGAUCCUGCUGCACAACCUCGACCACUGAGGAGGAGGUGGAGGAAGAGGAGGAGGAGUAGUUUCAGAGGAGCUUUUUCUUCUUUUGCCAUAACGUCUAAUGGUUCGUGUCUGGAAGGAAGGAAAGGGCUUAUCUCUGAUCAAAUUUCGGGUAUCCUAAGGGCACACUUAACUAAUGGGAUCCUAUCGAUGUUUCUCCCCCCUCUAAGCCUGAUCUUUACACGGAGGAAUGUUAAUGUUGCCACAGCCUGUGUCUGUUGUCUUAGGCUGCUCUGUGUCUGGCUUUAUGUUGGUACUUUAAUGUCAUGGAGCUGGAUGGAUAUGAUUCAAAAACUCUACCUAUGUGACUGACUGACCGGACUAUGGAAGUGACCAGGUUAACUCUGCACAUGGUAAGAUGAUGGAAAUGCCCUCUUUUGUAGAGUCAAGUCUGUUGUGUCUUUACUUUCUUCAUGGAUGUUUUGUAGCUAUAAAUGCUGAGACUGUUUUUCAUUCAUGACAGCAGGGAGGAUGUGCUAAGUGAUAUCCUGUGCUUACUCUAACAAAAGCCUGACACUACUCGCCCAAAAGUGCAGUUUAGCAAUGUAGCUUUCUUCCCCUUACAUUUCCAAAGAGCAGAUAAUUAAAUUUCAGACCGUGUUGUCUGGGAAACUCGGGCCCUGAGACUCUUUGCAAUUAUCGUGUAGAAGGAGGAACCCUUUUUGCAUCGGGGUGCAACGUUUCCCAGCACAAUGAAGAUUAAUUAGGUCUUGGAAACAAAUGACUGUAAGGCCUCUCCCCAUCUGUAAAAUGCAGGUCGACUGUAGUGACAGCAAUCAGCAGAUACUUUCAUGCCAGUGAGAGCAUAUUUGUGGAUUUUGCAGGAGUUUUAAUCUUAGUUUUUUUUUAGGGGGGGCAAAGCUUGACUUUCUGGCUGUGUGCUUAUUAACUUCUGUCCAAAUCUGAGAAUGAUUUGUGUGUUUUCUGUUCGUUAUAAGAGAAGCAGAUGAGCCUGAAUGUCAGGAGUGCCUGGUUUAUUAGUUCAUGUCAUGCUGGUCAGCUUUGUAGAAAAUUACAACCUUCCCUCAAAUUGAAACACCACUUGAACGCAUGUGUUAAUUAGAUCUCUGCGUGGCUUUUCAAAGUGUCUCUCCUCCUCUGCCCGUGAGUCAUGUGCUGACUCUUUGACCUGCCACUGCAAACCCUGAGGCUGUGCUGAGGGCAGACUGACAGAAAAGCAAGUUUGCCUUGUUUUCUUUUUUCCCCCCAGCCAACCACUGACAAAUCUAUUGGAACAUAUUGAUUUACAUUGUGGGCAGAGGAAGGUAAUUUCCUUGAAAAUACUUGUGUAGCAUCUUGACUGCCGUAGCCUCUCAAGCUGGACUCGCCUGUAGACAAGGUUAAACUAUUGCAGGAAAAAAAACAAACGUAUUGUGGAGAAGUUAGACACCUACGGUUUUAGGCUUACUUAAGGGAACGCUUUAAAGUAGUGAGUAGAGUCCAGUGUGAAUGUGAUAUGGACACCCACGCAGUUUUCCACUUAAACUCUCAAACUUUAUUCUUGUAAGCAAAUGGCAUUAAAGAGGUUGCGGCUCUCUCUCUGAAUUCAGGAUGUUUUGUGUUGUAAAAAAAGAUUCUCCACGUGACAUCCAAACAAUCUGAUUCCCAACAUUAGGCUCGUCUCAGACAGCAGUAAUAAGAGGAUAACAUCAAAGCCUUGCUUUAUUUCUUCGAGACUUCAGAGCCAGACUAUGAAUAACAGAUCACAAGGUACAAAGAGUCAACCAGAAAACUUGAGCAGCUUUUAUGUUUCAGCUGUUUUUUGGGGGGGGAUUCACAGGGAGCUCAUUAAAAUACAUUGAUUAGUAACAGUCCUGAUUCUGUGAUUGUUGACUGUGAAGCAGCUCGGCUAACCAGUGUAUUUUUUUUAUGCAAUGAUUUUCUGUGCUGGAGCGAGCCACUUGGCUGAGGCUCAUUUUGGUUUAUCCAAAGCCAGUCAUUUGAUGUAGAAUUUUAGAGACGGUACUUGAAUUGGAAAUGUGUAACCACACGCUUAUCCCAAUGCAAUACAUUUGUUUCUUUCAUAUUCCAGCGGGGGUCUGUGUAUGUUAAAUCUCCUGCAGGUGUCUGUGAAUUUUAUGUGCAUGGCUGAUUUUUAUUUUCCUCGCUCUGGUCGUUUCAGAUGCAUUUGUUGAAUAUAAUCCAUUUGCUAAAUGAGGCUGCCUCCCCUGUGCAGAGAUUUUCCAGGUACCAGCCGGCUCCACCUUUUCAGUUGUGCAGUCACCGGGGCAGCUGUCAGCCCACACUCGCCCACUCAGCCACCCACCACUCAGAGAGAGUCUCUCUGAGGCCACCCCGAUGUCUUCUCAGCUGUGUGAAUGCGGUUUCAGAGCGGGAGCAGAUGUUUGGUCGCCUUUGUGUGAGUGGGCAAAGUCAGGGGACCCAGUGUGAGGGUCAAAUGCAGGUCAGACUGGGAGUAAAGAACGAUGGCCACAUGAUACAUCCAGAUCAGGUGUUUGGGACAUCAUGGGCGACUUCUGGAUACCUCUGAGAACAAGGGACUGACCUGCAGGGCUCAGACUGUGGGUCAGCUGUUACAUGGUAUUUAGUUUGGUUCACAUGGGUUGAUUCAUGUUGUGCCAAAUUACUACAGGCAGAAAGGCUGGUUACAAGACACAAUUUGUGUCUUUGUUGGCCACAUUUUUUGUGGUCUUCCUGUUUUUUCUAUUUUGUACGGAAUGCAUGUUUGGCCAGGGCCAGACUACAAAACUUGUAAGAUCUUGGCUGAUUUGAAAAAUGAAUUUUAUCAGGUUGCAGAAGAAAAAGUAAAACUCAAUCUUGCAGACAUAUGAAAAAUAUGCAGACGCUGCAAAAAUAACGUUGCGUUGUUGGGGGCCAUGGGUUGUUUACUAAGAUAGAGAUACAUCUCCACCUCCCCCCACUGUACAAAAGUAAAGUUAAAAUACCCCUGCUGUUGACUUUUGUGCUGGUAUACCACAAAGGGAAAUAAAAGAGUUAGCCAAGUUUGUUUAGUCUAGAUCCAGGGUUUUCCAUUUUAUGAAGCUGACUCUAUCCAACCUGGCUCAAUCGCCAUGGUGACUUACUGUAAACUCAUAGACUGGGCGAGAUCAGGUUAUGCUCAGACUUACAGCAUCCAGAUGUUAGACGUUUAGUUAUUGAUAAAUAACCGUUGUUGUCCUUGUCAGGUAGUGUGGAUCAUCAGUUAGUGAAUUUGUGGAGCUAAAAGUCACAUUUUUAAUCACAUGAGCCCUUGAAUGAAUUUGGGAAAUGAUAAUUUACUUUAAUUCCGUCAGUCAUGAAUUUAAUCCAUCUCCCCUUCCACUCUCAUCCUCUUUCUCUCAUUUUUAACUGCUUGCUUCCAGUUAAAUCAACAUUAUAAAUUUUAGCAGAUUAUCCAUAAAAAAAAAAAAAACUCAGUGUUUAUGAAUUACAUUGAAUAAAAUUUUUAAGUUUGGCCCUAAAAUCAUGCAGAGCCCACAUUUAACACAUUUGGUUUUCCAGCGAAGACAAAGAUGAUAAAAUCAAUUAUAUUUAUCACAGAUUAAAUCAAAUUAAAUGUCUUAACUAAUCAUGCUUCUAUUUAGCCGAAUACAGAGUAACUUCAACAUUUUUGAAGUGGAGGUGUCAAAUGUAACCUCAUUUUGUGCUUGUGUAUCAUGUAUUCACUUAUUAAAGUGAUUCGAUUAGAAAUUGAAAAUUAAUUACAGAUUAAUUAAUUUCAUUAAUCAGUAAUUGUCAGAUAUAUGUGGUUAACAGUUCUUAUAGGCAUGAUGGGAUCUAGCUUUUCUGACAGAGACUAUAUUAAGGAGGAAAAUAUCUGAUGUGUAAUUUGAUUUUAAAGUUUGAUCCAUGUCCUGUCUGUCUGCAUGGAGAGGGCAGGCUUUAUGACCUGUACUGCAGCUACUCAGUUGAGGGAGCACCUAAUCUUUUGGCUUCACUUUUGGGACGCUAUUAUUUCAUAUAUCUUUUUAUGCAGGCAAUGCUGGGGUGACCUUGAAUUGCCUCAAUUCUGUUUGAAUUUCAAACAGAAAUGGGACUGACUACAACCUGCUGUAGUUUUAAUGUACAUUCAGAAAAAAUGAAAAUCAGAGGACUUAGCCAGACUUGAUAAGAACUUUUUGAAAAGGAUAUCAAACUUUGGCUUGCCUGCUCUUCAGCUUCAUUUGGUAAUGAAAUUUUAACUGCUUGUAUGCAGCAAUAAUUUAUUUUCUAGCUAGCAUUAGUAAAUACUAUCAGUGUCUCGUACUCCUUACAGCCUUUUUUGUCAUUGGCUGAUGUGGUCUAACUGAAAAAGUACUGACCAAGUUAUAUGGUAUUAAAUAUUUUAGGCAGCACAGAUGCAUCUGUGAGCUUUCUGGGACCCAGGCUAAACAGCCAGUCGGGGCCCAACUCUGGUACUGACCAAGGCCCUAAACAAGAUUUCCCCUUUGAUUGUCAAGAGGGCUGUAUUGGGCUUUAUCAGCCCCAAACUCUUGUACUCUGAGCCUGGCCUUAGCCUGCAGAUCCAAUUAUGGCAAACAGAACUGCUCUUUCUGGCUAGUUUGCCUAAUCAGCAAACCAGAGGCCUUAAGCUGCGACUUGAUGUUACAAACACUGAAGACCAAGGGGCUCUCUAAAAUGUUUUGUCUUCAGCUUGAGGGCAAUCAGGGAGAAAUCUAAGCCACUGUGUGACAUUCACGACAUAAAGCGGAGCCGCAGCAGCAGGAGGAACCAGGCUGGGUUUAGGACAGCAUCUGUCUGAUCAGACUUGUCGGAGGCACUGGAGACGACGGGCCUGUUUAUCCACCUCCAUCUCGCAGGAACAGCACAAGUGCAGAUACUGUUAUCUGUUUAUUGCAGUAGAUAAGGCAGCCUUAAUCUGAGCUCUGACCCUCCCCUGACACCCCUAAAUACCAAACCCUGUGUAGUACGAGGUCGCCAUGCAAGCCUCAUAUCGCUCUUUAGUAAUCCUCAUAGAAGUCAUUUGCAUGUCUGUAGUGGUUGCUGCACUUUUCCAACGUCAGUGCCAACUGUACAUAUCAGGGCAUCGUUAGCCACCACCAAAGAAGAGCUCAGACUCUGACCCGGUCUGUGGGGUCAGAAAGGAUGCCACAACAAAGCAGCAGUAAAGCUGGAGGGGAUAUCAAGUGCAGGGGGAGAGAGGGAGAGUGAGCUCAAAGUGUCAUAGUUGGCGCAGACAUUAGAUAAGGCUAAGCUACCAGAGGAUUAUAGAGGGAGGAGAUGUAAAAGGCUGCCGGCUAAUUGGGCUUUAUUUUUAAUAUUUCAGAGGGUUCAUUAGAGACUAAAUUGGUGACGGAUUUCAGCUUCGGCUGUAGACCAAGAGUCUUUUUGGGACAAGCUUCGCAACCUGAAUAAAAGCAGAUAGAUCUGGUCGAGGGCUUGCCUUUGAACAGAGGUUUCAUAGUGGAGGUUUGCUUUUGUUUACCAGAAUUUUACUUUUGGUACAUUGUUUCAUUAGCCUUCUAAACUUACAUCAUUUUCAAACUAAAGGUUACGCUGAGUGUCAUGUAUUUGAGGUAUUUAAGAUCCCAAUUUUUCGUUCUCUCGCUGGAAAAUAGAAAAAUUGGAAAUGCAAAAUUUUUGCUCUUUGCAACCUUUGGCAAAACACAAUAACCUGAAGGAAGGAAACACACAGUAAUCCUCUCCAGUAUGACAAAGCAGUGAGUGUAUCUGAUUGCCCGACAGAGCAGUUGACGCUCGGAGGCUUGGUCUGGGUGUUCAGAGCCGAGCCGGGGAGGGACGGAGGCAGAGCAGAGAGAGAGCUGCCGAGGUGAGCGGCCGGUCAGCGUGCGGCUCUUUGCCAUGACCCUCCUCAGUUUAUCUCGGCUCGCACCACCUCUCCAGGCCUCGGUGUGUGGGUGUGUUUUCUCUGAGUGCGUGCAGUGUACUGGAGAUCGAGCGGUGCUCAGAAUGGGGCCCUUUAUAACCUCCUAACCCUCUGGUCCUGUUUGCAGCCAUUGUUGGCCACUGUGAAUGGUAUCUCCGUGCCUUGAAAAGUAACCAGAUGACAUUCUUCCUGUUGUUCAAAAGGGCCUGGGGUUGUGUUGUGAAAAGCGGCUGAAAGGAUAGGCUAAGACUGUGACCUUCAGAGGCUAAUCUCUGGCAUGUCAUUCAGUGCCUGUUUGAAGCAAAUGCAGACCUUUUUCUCCCUGAUAGCAAUGUACCAAGUCAAACAAGGCAGAAAUUCCUCUCAGCUUUUCAACAGCUACACUCCAGAAACAGUCAAGUUAGUUUUUUAUUGAACCUCUACUAUAAAAGGAGGGGACCAGAGGGUGUUUUGUAGCAGCUGAACUGAAUCAUUAUUCCAGACAGGCAGUGUGUCUGACACCUACAUUGUCCAAACAGUCUCUGCAGCCUGUGACUGAGCCCUCUGUACACAGACCUGUGGCAUCAGCAGCCCCUCUGUGCUGCAUGCUGAAAUACCGCCGCUGCUGUGAAAGCAGCGGGGAUGAAAUGCACUUAGUGAGACAGUAAACAUCGGCGCAGCUCUCAAACUAGCUUACGUUGUUUAUGUGUGUUCCUCUCUGGCGUAUUUGCUGUCUUCAGCUGGCUGCGUUUCCAGGAAUGUGCAGAGAUGCAGUUGUCGCUCUGCGGGGGGAUGUUGGCUGUAAUCACAGUUCAGAGUUCAUCUCUGUGGUCGGACUCGACUAAGCUGCAAUCAGGACAAGAGUCACGUUAUCCUCCUGAACUGGAAGACAACACUUUAUAUCUCUGUUACUCUGCUGUAUCUCAACAGAUUUUCUCUUAUGAAGCUUGUUGGUCUCACAAUAACACAUGCUUUGGCCCCGCUCUGAUUCUUUACCUAGAUUUGGGUAUUUGCAGAUACCAACAUGAAAAGAUGUAUCAUCUCUAUCAUUUACAGGGGUGUAUUUUUUAAGCCAAUGACAGGUAAGAGCCAGCUCCUGCUAUCUUACGCAGAUAAAACCACAUUAAUGUUCCUUUUUUAAAAUUUCGGUCAUAAAAUGAGUAGUUUAUACACACCUGAGAGUAAGACAGCCCAGGGUUUGGUGGGCAAGGGUGCUUUCUACUUAUAAUUGAUCUAUGCUAAACAAUUCUAACUUGAAUUAAUUUUUGCUGACACACAGAAACAAGUCCAGUUCUGACUCUAUUUCUUGUCAAAUUUCUCACUGCGAACUGGAGCGCUAGCACACUUUUUGUGUUUAAGUCAGCUGUCAAACUAAGUAUAACGCACGAGGCUAGCAUAAGAAAUCUAUGUGUCCGGGGUAAACUUACGUAUGUCACUUGUGUUGUUGUUGGUCAUAAUGUUGAUGUGUGUAGAGGUCACAUCAUACAGGGCAGGAAGGGACACAGAUUAGGAAAACACAGCUACCCUACCAAGUAGGGGUGGAAGAAAAAAUCGAUUCGCGUAAGUAUCGCGAUUUUUUGUUUUACAAUUUUAAAAUCGAUUUUUAUGAUCAAAAAAAAAUUUUUUUUUUUUUUUCAAAUUGAAGAAUAAAUCUUAAAAACUAACUUACAUGUAAUGUGUAUUUUUUGGGGAAAUAGGGUUCCUGGAAUGGUCAGUAGACAGUCAUUAUCAUUCAACUGUUUCACUAGUGUUAAAAAUGCAGACUAAAGAUCGAGAAAAUCGACUAUACCAUAGAAUCGCAAUUUAAAUCAAAUCAGCAUCCAAAAAAAUCAUUGAAGAAUCAAAUCGUGAGACAAGCAUAUCAUCCCAGCCCUACCACAAAGGUGUGUGAGUAAUAUUUAGUAAGAUUGAAUAAAGAAGACUUGGUAGAAAACAAAUAUGAUAUAAGUUAUUAAAUUAGGGUAAGAUAACCAUAGUGUGAAAAUUACAAAAGCACAGGAAAGACAACUAAUGACAUGAAAGUUUUUGUAUUCAGUGAGUUGAAGAGGAGAGUGGUUGUUGUGAACGAGUUUGUAUUGAUAGAUAUUUUUGAUAGUAAAAGCUCGGCCAGUGGAGGAUCACAUGUGUCUUGCAUCACAGGAGCUUCUUGUCCUGAAAGUUCACCAUUGCAGUGGGAGGGGCGAGCGAGGAAGCAUUUCAGUCAAGAAUCUGACUGCUGGAUUUAGCAAAGUCUUUCCAUUUCUCUACUCUGUAUCUCUAAUUUGUACCUGAACAUUUUACUGUUGUUGCAUGCUAGUUCAAUGAAAGCUAAUUUUCUGUUCUGCACUAGCACAGUGGUUUCUAAUAGAUACAAUGCUCUGUUUAACUGCUGUUAAGUUACUGUUUUGAUAAAGUGUAGUUCUAAAUCUACUUUCUUCCAGGUGCCGAUAGACCAGUUUAGGUGUUGCUGGAAACAUUUCUAAUCCUGGUUUCUAUAAAGUAACAAGAGCUUCAAUAAACCAGAAUUUUUAUUUACCUCCAGUCUUCAAAUGAUCUUUACAGUUUAAGAUAAUUACUGAAUAUUUGAGAGUAUAGUGAAAAAUGCACAUCAUAAUUUCCAAGGGUGACAUCUUCAGACUUCAACUUUGUCAACAGCUGUUAGAUUACUGUCAGCUCUUCAAAAUUAACAGCCUUCACAGUAUAAUAAAAUGUUUUUAUUCAGCUGUAGAGUUUUAUCUCGAAUCGUGACUCUCAAACCCCCCUUCACCAGAUGCUUUUAGUCCACACUGAGAAAGAGUCUUUACCAUUAAUGUGUUCAAGGGGAUUUGCUUUCAGCACGCUAGAAUACACUUUACCGGCAUUGAGCUUUUCUUUGUGCUCGUCUAAAUGAUCUUUGAGUGCAGGUCUUUGCUAGAGAACAGCGUUUUCUCCCUGCUUCCUGUGUCAGUGCAGUGCCACCUGUAUGGGGUUAAGAUUGGGGUCAGACCUCUUGCAGGAGUCUGUUGUCUGAGGGCCCCUUUUUCAGGAACUGCUUGUGUCGUGGACUGACAUGGAAAAGAAAAGCUGUCACAUUUUUUAGCGGCCUCUUUUUGUCAGACAUCUUUCAACGGUAAAUGAUUGGCAUAUCUCCUGCCAUUUCCCCCUUUUGUUUGCAGCCGUUGCAUUCAAGAGUUACUAACAAAAAAUUGACCAUUACGUGCUAUGUGUCGGCAGCAUGUGCAGGCAUGUGUGUGCAUGUGCACACACAUAAGAAGGCGCGGUUGUUUACAAAGGAAGCACUGAAUUAGAAAAGGAAAAUGUCAACUUUUAUCGUGCUACUGCACAAGCAUUUUGCAUUAGUCAGAAAGUAUCCCCUGAAGUGGUGUAACAUCCGCAGAAUGUGAUUGAGAUAGAGAGGGAGACGGGGUGGGGGCAGAGGAAGAAGGGUGGGCCACGAUUUGAAAGGCAUACUUGAAAGUACUCGUGUGCAAAGAGUCCUGAGGCAGGUCAUGUUGCUCUGUGACAGAGGAGCAUUCGUCUUGCCGCGUAUAUCUGACGUCCCAGGGUCUCAUUGCGAGGGUUUGCCUGCGCUGCGUGUCGGCUUUCUGUAAUUAAUAGCUAGUAGCCCCCUCGCUUCGUCAAGGGACCAGGUGUUGCUUAGAUCUGCUCCGGUGUGAAGAGACAGCAGAUCCACUGUGGUGGGUUUUACUGUUAAGAGGAGACAACCAACUUUUCUUUCUCUCAGUGUAUACAUCGCAGCUUAGUGCGUACGUAUAAACACUCAGUCUAGACAAAAAAUAGAUAUAUAAUCAUUACUCUGAAUUUAAUGGCUGUUCUGACGGAUAGCUUGUUGGUAAAAGAUACGCUUCAUUUAGUCUACUUUGUGUCAAGCACCAUUGUGCUCGUGUCCUGUGCUGUUUAGCAGAGCUCGAGGCCCUGACAGAUUGCCAUCCCGAUGGGGAGAUUUUACCCAGCCAGCACCGCCAAUGGCUCUGACACCAUCAUUAGGCUUUGAUCAGCUGCAGUCUGCGAGGGGAAGAAGAGAGAGUAAUAUUCUUGAUCUAAUUACUCGCAGACAUUUCAGGCUGUGUAAUGUGUGAUUUAACCUCUUGUCAGGGGCUAUAAAAGGAAGCUGGGUUAAUCUUCAUGGCAACCUCUCUUUCACGCAGGGGAGAGUGCUUUUAAAUUUCCUUUUCCCAGGAAGCUGGUGCUAAACCAGAACACCUCACCAUGCCAUGACUUUCACAUGAAACCUCUCAAAGCAAGAGUCGUCUGACCUUUGAAUGUUAGCAAACGCUAGUUUGAGGAAUUCAUGUGCUGUGUGCAUUUGGAGAACUGCUAGUGAGAUACAAAAAAAAAAAAAAAAGCUGUCCUUUUGACUUUUGAACACGUCCUCCAAAAUGAUUGUUCUGCAGCCCCCUUUGUUUCUCUCUCUUGUUCUUUCUCUCUUUCUUUUCCUCCCUCUUCUUCACCGCCCACACGCUGCAGCAGGAUGAGAGCAGGAGAGCCGAUUGAACAAAUAGAUUGUAAGUGGAAUUGAGGGUUUGGGUUAAUCAGUCAAACACAGUUAAACAAUUCUUUGGACAUGAAGGGAUUAGUCUUGCCUGCGUUGAGCUCAUCAGAUCCCAUUCUCCCCAGCGCUGGCCGGGCUUUAGGGGCCAAGGGCCACGGCCUCUCUGGCUCCAUGGAGAACCACACACGCACCCCUCAGCAUGCUCCAUUGCCUCUGAAUGCCCCACCACUUUCCUCUCCCUUUGUUACCCAGCACAAUUGGAAUGAUGGAUUAGCAAAUUAAAUGCAGACCUUUCUAUUCGUGGCCAUCCUUGCUCACAGUCUCAUUCACUGGAUCCUUCACAAACCGACUCUCAAAUAGUUAGCAGGCUCACUGUGCGUCCUUUAAUUCUCCCUGAAAAAUGUCUUUUUCUCCCAAAUGCUUUCAUUGACCCUUACUCACAUGACUGCUCUCUUGUAUUUUUUUUUUUUUUUUUUACAGCAAGACUCCCUGUACUCCGUCUCCCCUUUUAUCCUUUGUGAUGAUCACAGUGAUCUGAAGGUCCUGUGCCCAUGUUAUUUUAGGAGUCCACAGCCAACUUGAGCCUUCUUCGGAUCACCUGUGACACUGUCUCCUCAUUGGUCCUGAUCAGAGCACUGAUCCUUAAGACACAGAUCAAACUCUUUUAUGUGACCAAGCUGCCCUUUCAGAACAUCACAAUCCUCAGUAUUUUUCCACUGUCUAACACUGACUGACUGACUGCUGCAGUUUUGUUGUUGCUCAUUCGAAGCUUAUGUGAAGGUCUUUAUCUGAUAUGUUUUUGUAGCACGGUUUUAACCCAUAGCCCUUAUUUGUUUCUGCAGAUGCAGUGUUUUAAUCUUCAUAAUGGGGCAGCAAAGCCUCUAAUUUUCCACAUAUUCAGCACUCAUGUUUUAACUACAGAGAAAAUGAACAGUCUUUUAAACGUUUAAUCAGUAAGGAGCAAAGUACCAGUAUCUGUUUAGAUAACAGUUCAUUUAAAGCUAGUAUAGUUUUUUGUUGUUGUGCAUCUUGAAAUCCUCAAUAUUUUCACAGAGGUUGCUCCAUCAAAUGCUCUGAUGAGAAUCAGCUAAAGGUCUAAUCUACGUAGCUGCGUACAAAUCACAGUUCUGCUACCACCAUCGUUGCAUUAUGGAGGUACGAGAGGCGUGAUAUGUACACAAACAGAGCUCCGCGUGCACACACUCAGACCUGCACAUACAUAUAGCGUUGCUCUGCUUUGCGUGUGGUUUUGCCAUCUUCUUACCCUCUUGAUCCAGAUUCGUACUUCUAUGCCAUAGCUACAGUACAUCCUAUAUAUGUGUUAGAGUGUCUGCUUUGCCUAAACGCUAGCAUUUCUGUGCUAGGCUAAUCGCCACCGUCAAAAGUUUCUGGAGUCUCUGGUUGUUUGUUGGUGCCCAGGAAACCAUGGCGACUAAAUCUAAGUGUUCUAGGUUGAAGUUGGAGCAGUUGAAUGUUCACUAAUGAUACAGCUGUUAAGAAAAAAGGAGAUCCAAUAUAGUCAGUCCCGAUACAACUUUUUUUACCUCCGAUACAAUACCAAUAUUACAGCCUUCAAUAUUGGCCAAUACCAAUAUUGAUCCAAUAUGAGCACAAACUUGUGCAUGACAAUACUGCUACAUGGCCGACAUCACUCCUACUCCUUGGUACUUUGUUAGUACCUUAGUACACACUGCUGUUGUGAUCACGUGGGCUCUACAUGCUGAAUCGGGGUGCUGCUAGAUAGAGGUGCCAGAGAGGAGUCUGGAAUUAACUGCUUGUAUCGGAGUGCUGAUAUUGGAGCUUUCAGAUGCAGGCCGAUAUUAUCCGAUAUUCAAUUUUUCGCUAAUAUUGAACCAAUAUCGGAUAUCAAUAUCGUAGCGGGACCAAUGCACAGCUGAUAUAAGGUUAUCCUGGAGGUGCUGUCAAUGCAGUAAAUACAAUGCUAGGUUAUGAUCAACAUUUUGUUGUUUUGGGUAUAUCUAGAUCAGAGCUGGCAUGACCUUGCCCGAACCUUUAAGCUUCUUUUACAUAUAACAGAUAUGGUGCAAUGAGCAUCAAUAUCCCUCCUUGAACUGGCAUUGCAUGGGAGCCUUACUGUUAACUGUGGAAAUGAUAGGAUGACCUUUCCUUUCCACCUUUGCACAAUCUGUCUGCACACUCACUGAGCAUGAGCAGAAUCUGGGAUUAGGUCAAACUUGCCAGCUGAUCGCAUUUAUUGGGUUGGAUUAUUUAAAAAUAUUUAGCUGUGCCAGCGGAAUUUUCAAAGUUUCCUGACCCUUUUAAAAGUCUUUUUUAACACGUUAUAGCCUGUUAGUUGUGAGGGAACAUUUGAUUUCGUUGUCUUAUUUGAUUUUUGGUUGUUUUUGUCUAAAAGCAGUCUGAUUACAUCACAGGGAGCUGUUGAACCUUUCAAGACUUUGCAGAAGAUUAAGUUAUUAGCUAAAAAUACACAUUAGCAGGGGAGUUUCCAAAAGGGGUGUCCAGGGGUGACACAGGCCUUCCUUUAAAUCUGAUUGGACACACUUUUGCCCCGUUAGAGGCAAGACUUAUGUCCAAAUCAACCUUUAACACAGACAGCUUGAAGCUUUCUUUGCAUUCAGAGUUAUUUAGAGUUAGUACUUUCAACGUGAUUCUGAACAUAUAUCCUCUUUUAGACCUACUUUGUAUUGAGAUUUGUAGAUUUUUAUGUCACAAAACUCUGUUGUGUUGUUGUUUAAUGAUAAAAACAGAAAUAAAGUAUCUGUAUGAUAAUUUAUUCUUAGUUAAGUUGGAGGUGAUCAGAGGAAAUUAAAUUUUGAAUUGUAGAUAUGAUAUCUAAUUCUUCAUUGAAAGGGCAACUGGAUUUGCUUGAGGGAAGUUUCAAGCAAGUCCAGUUGCCCUUUCAACAAAGAAUUGGAAAACCAUGACCUGAAUGAAUGAGAGCCUACACAGACAUUUAGAUAUGGUACCAGAAAAAUGAAUGAUAUUGAUACUUGUUCCACUGUAACUGCAAAAAAAUAAAUAAAUAAAUUAAGCUACUUUUUAUGGUGCAGAAAAAGCCCUCACAGACAUCAGUGUUUUCUGACCUGAAAAUGAGAAGUGUGGAGCGUAGUGGCCGUGGUGGUGGUGGGAGGAGCAGAGAGACACAGGAUAGACAAACAAAUUCGACAUCUUGCUGCACAUUUGUGCAGGGAUGUGGACUGAUUGAUAAGUUGUCUUUUGAGAACGACUGAUGAGAUAAUCAGAAAAUAACUUCUCAUGUCCUAAUUUUGCUGCUUUGUUCAUUUUUCCAGCACUUCUCACUGCAGCUCUAUGCUGAUCAACCAUUGCUGUUUGCCGUUUAAGGCAGACAGCAUGAGAUCUAAUUUACAAUGCUGGGAAAUUUGUGAUUUAUUUCUACAUCAGAAGAUCAAUUUGUCACACUGAUUUUUUUUUAUUGACUGCCCUUGGAUAUUCAAUAGCCAGAUUUUAACUCCCUCUGCUCUUCAUUGUUUUCACUCUUUUUUGUAUUUUAAAGCUUACUCGUUAAGCACAGGUUAAACUUUGACUGUUUCUCUCCACCAGCACAGGCCUGCAUCAUCCCCUACCUCAUAAAGUGCAGUGUGUUCAUGUGUUGGAGGGGGUUCAUUGCUGUGCUCUGCAGAGACCCCAAUUAGUGGGACUAGCAGACCUCCUGAAGGUCACUCCCAGAGCUUUGGUGAGUGAACAGAAGAGGGUCAGGCCGGUCAGGAGCAGCUCUUCCCUUAGUGAGACCCUGAACUGGGCCCAGGAGCUCUCACACAAUAACCACACUUUACAAGAGCAGUUUGCAUAUUCUUCUUAUUUUUGCAUUCCACUGUGUUGGCUAAGGAUUCAGCGAAAGGUCAAGUGUCCUCAGCAGACUGUCAUAGUGUACUGUGACCAUAUCUGAGAGAUCCAUUUGUCAUUAGCUCCAAAGUCCCCCACUUCAUCAGCCCGUGUCUGGUGUCGGCUAUCUGGGCCUGAUUGAUGGCUCUGUCCUUAUUGCAGGGAACCGGGGUCGAUGGCAAAAAAUUUGCUGCUGGGUGCAUUAAUGCUGUGCUCAAUGGCAUAGACCUUUGAGCAUGCCUCAUCAGUCUUGAAUCAUUGGACGGCCGCAGGAGAUCUGUGUGAGCCGGCAUGAUGCAAGAAAGCAAGAGGAGAGAGGAAGGAGCGAUAGGAAAGAGUUUUUAUCACACAGACAAACUUUAUCAUUCAGAACUCAGUCUCUCUGGAAACAGCCAGGAGAAGUGGUUGAAUUUCUUGAGCUUGUGUUGUUAUAGGAGUCGGAAAAUGGCUAAAAAAAAUCAUCCGAGUGAUGAUGUUUUAAGAAAUCAAGCUCUUAAAAUUCCAGAGCAGGAUUCAAUCAGAAGUAACCCACCAGGGUUUGCUGUUCUUAGAAAUGUUCUACGUAACAGGUUCAAUACCAGAACUAAGUUUGAGAAAGAAAAAAAAAGUUCCUUGGAGAAUAUUUAGGACAAAAAACCCUUUUUCCUCAAAUCCGCCGAAAACCUCAAUCCACAAUAACACUCUAGCUAUGUAAAUUAGAGUCUUAUGCACAUAAUAGUUAGCAUCUGAAAAGAAUUAAAAGUCAUUUUUGGUCCAUAUUUGAAAUAUUGUUGUGCUAUAAUCAAGUUUCUGUAAACGUUUCGUGGGAAAGUCAAUUGUGAACUGGGCUUAGAUAUGCUCAGACCAAUCAUAAGACAAGUCACCCUGCAGUUAUUUAACUUGUUAAAUCCAGCCUGAGCAUCAUCCCCUGUUGAUUAUUGAACACUGCUGAUGUUUAGCCUUUAAUUGACUGUUUUUGACAGUGGGUGCUGAGCGUUGAUAAGGAAGUUUAGUUUCAUAAUGUAAUACUAUAACACACAGGAACACGACAGAGCCUUUGGUUAGCAUUGUACAAUAUUAUUCAUGGUUUAAAGAAGAUGUUGUUGCUUCUUAACUGACACUGCUACUAGGGGUGGGAGAAAAAAUGGAUACAGCAUACUAUUGCGAUAUUUUGUCUGGUGAUGUAUCAUAUCGUCUCAUUUACCAAGUAUUGGUUUUUCAAUUUAAUUGCAAAUAUGAAGUCAAAUCUAUGAUAAUGGAAAAACAAAAUCAACUGUUUGUCCAGUGAGGUUGGCAGAGGUGACAUCGUAGAGCAGGAGAAAGUUAGUACAACAAAUAUACAUAAGGUUUGCAAGAUGUGUUACAUGAAAAUAAAAUACAGCAUAAAUAAUACAAACAUAAAGAAGAGACGAAUGCUAAAUUAGCUAAACAGUUGAAAAAUUGUAUAAAUAGCAAUAUAUUGUAUCGCAAUACUCACUGUAUUGCAAAAUAUUAAAAAUUGCAAUAAUAUCAUAUCGUGGCCCAAGUAUCGUGAUAAUAUCGUGUCGUGGGUCCUCUAGUGAUUCCCACCCCUAACUGCUACUGUAUGUACACGAGUCCAAGACACAUUUUUCAACAGGAACAAAGAGUGAAUCAUAUGGUUUCACAUUAUUUUGUGUUGCAUCUUUCAGUCAUAGUGAUCUUAAUGUAGUAAAUGCAUUUUAACUACGAUAUCAUAUUGUACAAUAUUAAUCAUUAUUAAAUAUUAUUGAAUCCUAUCACAUCCUGUUGCACCAUACUGUUGUUUUGUGUCCUAGCCUAUCUAUCGUUCCUAUACCAUCAUACGCAUUGUAAUGUUUUGUAGUGUAUUGCAUCUCUGUGUAUUGUAUCACAUUGUGUGGUGUGGUAUGGUGUCUUCUCCUGUUUGUAUUGUACUGUAUCAUGUCAUAGCUUAUCUCGUUGUACCCUUUCCCACAGUAUAGUAUUGGUUUGUACAGUGUUUUAUUGUAUUGUAUCAUAUCUCAUCCUACUGUAUAGUAUUGGUUUCUGUUGUAUUCAGGAGGGGACUGAUAUUGGUUUUUCUGGGCCAAUACUCAUUUACUGGUGGAUUAUGAGACCGAUAAUCAAUAUUUUGGACCAAUAUGCACUCACAGUAUAUAUGAAAUUUUCUGACAAAAUGUUUUUAAUAUUACGAACUCUGACAUAAAACCUUAUUUGAAUACUUUUGGAAAAUCAUAUCUGAAAUUUCCAGCAUACAGGAGUUCCAAUUAAUCAGUUUCACUAACAGUACAGUUGACAUCCAGCCAAUCAGAUACUGUGUCGUUGGUUUGAGUGUUGCGAGAAAACAGACCCAGAAGGAAAGACACACCUUCAGUGGAGUCAAAGUAAUGCACUUUUAAUUAGUUUAUUGACCAUCUCUGAAACAAAAGGCCGAUACAGAUGAUCAGCUAAAUGCUGAUUGUCGCCCUGAUAACCGGCCAUGUUGUAUCAUUUUGCAACAACAACCUGUGAACCUUUUCUGACUCAGCAUUCUGGUUUCUGCUUUGUCUUCUGACUCAGAUAGCUCAACAAACUUUAUAAAGUUGCUCUAUGCUUAUUUUCUGUUGUGAUAUUUUAGUUUUAGGAGACAGGCAGAUAUCAGUGAAGACAUUAUCUGCCAUGCCUCCACAGUUUUGACAGAUAAAUGGGCUGAGCAACAAAGUAAGUCAGUCCUUUACAAGGUUUUCUCAGUUGCUGCAAACAUCUAUCAUCAGCGUUUUUGGAUUCAUGUGAGAUUCAACUUUGACGCAAUUGAAUUAAUUUUUCAAGUUGGAGCUAAACUCAAAGAGGCUAGAAAGAUGGUACAACCCACCACUAAUCUUUAAUACUCUCUUAACAUGAAUAUUUGUACAAAUAGUUCCUUGAUGAAACAGUCUGUUGGUUUAAAGCUGUGAUCAAACAGAGGAAAAGUUCUGAACGUAUAUUUGAUGCUAACUUUGAGUGCUUGACAGAUUUUUGAUACUGAACUAUUAAAGAGCUUAGCUUCAGUACUGGGCCUUGGAGAUAUCUCCUUCUGGCUGAACUGGUUUACAAACAGAGGUUAGGAUAACCUGUUGCUAUAGUUUGUAGAUUUGCUGCCUUGACAUCCUAACGUAUGAGAACUUUUGAAACAAGUGUGUUAAAGAUGCAAGCGAGCUGCUAAAUGAGUCAUUUGAAAACCAUAGAAAUGCUUUGAUUGCUACAUGACAUUUGGCUUGUUUGCUUUGAUAUUUUAAGGAUUGUUUUUGUAGAUUAAACCAGUACCUGUGUAGGAGUGAAACCCCGGUGCCAUGACAACACCAGUACACACUGACAGUAUGUGUAGGCUCACAGUCAGACAGGCAGACAGACGGAGAGCCCUGAGAGCUGAGGAGGGACAGAUGUUCCCAUGCAGACACAGAGGUGAGAUGUUUGCUGUGCUGGGCCUGUGUUUGCCCGGCUCUCCACAGAGUUACCAGCUGGCUGCCCAAAGCUCUGAGCCGCCGUCUGCUAGAAAGGGAUACUGGGGGGCAAAGAAGCUCGCACAUACACACAGAUGAUGAAGGAGAGACCACAGACGUCUCCUCUGUGUCGCCAGGGGUUAAAGGAGCACGGCUCACACAACCCUGUCCGGCGCAGAAAGUUCUCUUUUAUUUCUCAGCUGCUCUGUAGAUGCGAGGGGGGACUCAUUUCGUCUCGCUGGAGGCCAGACUGAAUGUCAGAGCUGCCAUGGAGGCGGCUGACCUUACACACCGAGCACAGACAGGAUCAGCUUUUAUCGAACAUGUUUGCAGCAGGGUCUAAAAUCAGCAAGAAGGCAUUUGUUUUUGGCUUUUGUGUCUGCACUUCAAUGCAGACACACCAAUUCAUUCUCACCGAUUUAGGGAGGGCAGAUACAAAAAUAUCGACAUACUUCAGUCUCACAGUAAUGUGGCUUGUGGUACUUGUUGCUGCGGUUCUUAAAAUAGCGUAUUGAUUGUCAAGUUAGUUGCAAACCGGAAAUAAAAAUGUAAUGUUUACUGACGCAGGCUAAUGUUUAAUGAUCAUUGUCCAAGAGCGGUCAUAGGAGACCAAACUGCACUAUGAAUUUCAAGUUCAUUAAUAUUCCUCCAUGAGCAUUUGCGACAAACAUUUCCCCAAAGUCUGAACUUUUUACAACAAGUAAGAAAAGUCAUUUUAUGUAAACAUUCAAAGCUUUCUCUUAUCUGUCUGGGUAUAAUGGUUUUGAUUUUACACCAUUAUGAUUCAGUUGGAUGGAGCUAAAGCUAUCUUUUAGCUACCCCGGGUUUAAUGGUGCAAAUUUAGCAAUGAAAAACAGCUUUUAGGAUUUAUUUGGGAUUUCAGAGGGACAUGUUGUAAACAGAUAUUGAGUUAGUCAUGGACAGCAGCAGUUAGAUAUAUAAAGAGACUGUGAGUUACGGCCAAAGUGUGCUCUUCCAUGUUUGUGUAUUCAUUGCAUUUCUUAUCCCUAUUUAAACAACAUAAAGGCACAUAUUGAUUAUUGAUGAGGUUUUAAUCUUAGGCUAUAUACAUUGUGGUAUCAGAUCAGCCUAUACUGUCACACUCACCAGUUGCAGGGUUUGAGUUGGUGUCAGCGACAUUUCUGAGACUCACAUUGAUAUGGAACAACUUGAGUAACUCUUGUUCCAUGGUACCAGUCAAUAUGAUAUUGCCAGAUAUUUGCCAGUACACAGCCUCUGUUCAAAGCCAAAAAUCAGCAGACUUGUAUCUCAGUAAUCCACUUUUACAAACUGAACCAUCCAUUGUCCUGCCAUAGAAUCUUAUGAGAGCAUUUCUGUGGCUGGCAUUAAAAUAAAUCAGCCACAGGAGCUUUAUAAAUGAAGAAAAACAAAUUAAACUGUUAUAUAAAAGCACACAGUUAUUUGAGAUGAAACUGUUCUGCUGAGUUUUCUUCUGCAGAUCAUAAAUGUUUCAGCGCUCUCCAAUAAUAACAGCAUGUGAAUUCAUAAACUCGAUGGUAUUUUUACCGAUGUAGACAACCCUUAAACUUUUAUUAUAUCACAAGUUAUGGUUAAGAGUUUAAGGUGAUUAAACCAAUAACAUGUGAGCAAAUAAGAAGACUAAUAGUAAACAAGAUUAUGAUUUUAACGCAGACCAGUAAAACGUUGCAUUGUUUGUGUGAUUCCUCCCGCAGAUUUGGACCAGGCAUAAGACUAAUUAGGGUUUUUUUUGCUUAGUGAGAGUGUUUGUGUGUUUGUUUGUGUGUAUUUUUGUGAGUGUGUGUGUGUGUUGGAAUUGGAAUAUAUACAGCUCAUACGGGAAAGAGGCCAGUUAGCAUAAUGGCACGGUGGAUAAAUCUCUCACAGCAGGCCGGUGUAACACUGGAAGCUGUUUUUGUGCGUUAAGCCCUUUUAGGAUGAUUUGUGAGAGUCAGCGCUCACACAGUUCUGCCUCGCAGAGCUGCCCUGACCCUCCUCCUCUUAAAUCAGCCUGGCCGCGUUGCAAACAGGCCAAGGCUGGUUAAUGCUGGGUCAAUAAUAUGGGUCUGGGUGGGACAAACGCACAGAGUCUUAACUUUUUUCUCUGUUAAACACAGCGCACAUGUCAAUAAGGAGACAGUGGAAAUACUCGAGGAGGUCAUUAUUCCUGCAGAGGAAAAUCGCUGGUGUGUGUGUGUGUGUGUGUGUGUGUAUGUGUGUGUGUGUGGGUAGGUUUGCUUGCAAAUUUCCUUAUGCAUGUGCAGUGUGUAUGUGUGUGUGUGUGAGAGAGAGGGAGAGAUAGAGAGAGGGAGAUGGGGGAACAGCUGCAUUGAUUUGGUUUUGUUUGCUGAGUACUCGGAGCAGAAAUGUAAGCCGUGGGAACACCUGGAGAGAGGGGGAAAUGGGAGUAGGGGUGUCGGUGGUGUCAGCUCUGCUAUUGGCUCUGUACCAAACAUACAUACAUGAACACACUCACACACUUGGCACACACACCUCUGAUGUGUGAGGGCGGCUUGGGAUCCCAAUCAGCAGCACUUAACAAAGCUUUCCUCUUUCUCCCUUUAAUCGUAGGCUCAAUUUGUCGCUGGGGUGUCCAAUUUCUGAUAAGCGCUUUGACUGAGAGAGGCGAGGUGGGUGUGAGGGAAGAACACAAAAUGGAUGCACCUGCUAACAAAUGAAAUCAAACCACUCCAUCUUCAUUUCCCCUUUUUCCGCCAGCUGGAACAAUGCAGCGGCGCUUUAGCUCUCAGAACAUUGAGUUAUUUCCCCCUAACCAGGCAGACGUCCUGGCUGACUUACAGUCAAACUGUUAGAACAAGCUCAGAAGUCUGCUUUUAAAACCUCUGAUCAGCAGCUCGCCUCGCUUCUCUUCCACACCUGAAAGGAAUUUAAUGUAGAAGAAUAACUGCACCACUUUCACUUGGCCACAGUGCAUUUCAAAACAAUUAUUUUGUACAGACUCAUCAACUCAUUUGUCAGCAGAAGUGGACUGUUUUUAUCAAUUUGGUUGAAAGAGAGAUUGACGUGUAGCUAAUGAGUAAUUUGGAUCUUUGUACAUGUAAAAUCUCAGUGAGAGACUGGUUUAACACAGACUCAGCUGUUUACAGGGCUGUCCCUGACUCUGAAUUAAAGAAGUUGAAUCAAAACGAUACUGCAAUUUUUGUUUCUGCUUUAAUUAAGUGCAAAACCAGUCUCCUAAAAAAGCCUAAAGCCUUAAUCAGAGUUUCCAUACGUGCUGUACAUUCACAAAUACUUUGACAUAUCUUUAGCCAGCUGCUAAAGAUUUGUAUGCGGUCGUUCACUUCUCUUUGUUCAUCUUCACAAUUCGACUCUUCUGAUAGUGAUGGCUAACAUUGACCACUCUUAAAUCAGUACUGAAAAGUUAAGAGUGUCAAGCUGGAGAUCUUGGUUUUGUAAGCACUAAAUUAGAUGGAACGGAGGUUGAUUAGUAAUGCCUGCUAAGAGGUGCACAUAGCUUUUGACCGGUGUCAUAACACUGCGCCUGUUAGCAGUAGGGUUGUGAACGAAUAUUCAAAAUUGGAAUAUGUACUUGAAUAUUUUUUUAAAAAAAGUGUGAAAUUAAUAUUAAUGAUAUUAUAAUAUGAUAUAAUACAAUAAUACUGUUAAAUCAUAUCAAUAUUAAUGAUUAAUGAUAUGAAUAAAUUAAAAUUUAAAAAUUGAAGAAACUGGGAAAAAUCUGAGUAGGAGAAAAAAAAAAAAAACAGCGGCUGCUUUGCGAGUGAACACACUGUCAGGGACAGGUCACAGGAGCUGCACCUGCAGUGAGACUCUACAAAAAAACGUCCAUGGCACAUGCAGAGAGAGACGGCGAGAUGUUAGGAGCCAAACUCGGGAGAGAGUGGUGCGGCCUUCCACGAACUAUACAAGCUCUUUUGGAAAUUCUUUAGAUUUCUGACAGACAUGGAAGACGGAAACAAUGCUGAGUGAGAUAAAAUUAUAUGCAAGCUGUAUAAGCUAGAUAUUUAAAUGUGUUCGAACCUAUGUGUUAUUUUUAGAACGAAUAUUUGAACGUCAUUUUGGAGCAAUUUUAACAGCCCUAGUUAGCAAGCAUCACUAAUCAACCACAGGUCACUAGCAACUGUUUAAUAGGUUUAAAGGUUGCACAGAAUCAAUUAUUUCACAUGCAUAAUGCUCACAAACAGAUUCAGAGUUUCCACUGAUAAAAAUUUUGGGAGCAUAUGCAACAAACGUUAGCAUAAUUUUAAACCUUGCAGCAGCUCAGCUCUGUUUCCUUCCCCUAAAGUCCCAUCAAAGCAUGCUGGGAAAUUUGUUCUUUUUUCUUGUAUGAAACUGCGUAUUCCAUAUUUUAACAGGUGCAUUUGUUUUAGAAAGGAACAGACUACUCUGGACAUUUCAGCUGUAGCUAAAAUCUUAAAGGGAACCUGACCUAAAAACAAACAGUGCACCUCAAAAUAAGCCGUCCACAGCUCGGCUUCCAGCCUCUCCCGGCCCCUGUGUCCACUGACAGAGAGAUUCAAAGAGAACCUGUUUAAACAUGAAACUGUUCUGUUGAGCUUGUUUACCAGUUUGAAUCUUCAGGCCUGUUUGCUGUUUGAAGGCAGAGAGACUCCUUUAGAUAACUUGGCUUCAGAUGAAAACCUUGUUAACCUUGCCUUGUUUUGCAAAGAUUACAGCCUCGACUCCUGUCGCCCCUCCUUUCCCUUUGUUUGCAGUGACACGGCUUAAAAGCAUGAGGUGCAGAUACUGGAUUGACAAAAAUGUGAGAUGACGCAGGGGCAGCAUAUCUUGUUAGUUUGGGUUUUAUCUUGCUUUUUGUUCCACAACUAUGUGAUUUAGAGAGGCCUGAAAAACCUGAAUCUGAGUUUCUGUAUCACUUCACAUAAAACACACAAACAUACGCUCUCACAAACAUGCAGAGAUGAUAUGAAGAAGUCUGGUAUCUGUAUAUCCACUGUUUUAACCAUGUCAUCCUGGUCCUGUUUCACCAAUCCCAGUCUGGCAUUUGACACAGCAGCACAUGACCUGCGACAUUGCUGUCUGGCAUGAUAUGGUUAUAUGUUGAGCUAACACCAAUGUGGUGGCAUCACUGAGGAGUUGUGUAGCUCACACUGGUCUGAUGUUUCCCAGAGGGCUUUUUAAAGUGCUGAUGCUUACCUGCAGUCCUUUGCUUCUUGGUAUUUCCUCUGCUGUGUUUAUUUGGCAUUUUCAAUCCACCAGGCAGGUGUAAUGUGGCAGUUUUGGCUGAGGCAAUGUCUUACCAUCCCAGGUUGUUAAAUUUUUUACUCACACUUUGUAAUAAUUUUUGAUGUCCCUCUGAUGGUCUGUUGGGUCUUGUACAGACACACAGAGUAGCAUCCCAAAUAGCACAAGGAGGAACUUACUGUCUGUCUGUCUGUCUGUUUGGUUGGGUUGGGUUGGGACAAAUUACUCAGUGGACACAAUUUUAAGCCUUGGGUGUGUCAUGAUUCUGGCUGUCCCAGAGUGGUCAGAGUGAUGCUAUUCAGAAGAGAGGAUGGAUGUUGGUGAAUUUGUUGGUGCAUUGGUCACCACUCCAAUAUCAGGGUUUCUGUGCACUACUUUUUCAUGGUCUUUUACUCUAAAUGGAACCAUAAUUAGAAAAGUGAGCACCAUGCUUCUUUAAAGUAGACUUGACUGUAACUAAGACCACAAACUCAAAGAGAAUAUUAACUUUCAUAAAUCAAUUGCUAAGUUUUCUUACUAGUGUCCAUAAAAUCUAAGUUUUCCAUUUCUGAGUAAGUGACCUUUUGCAACCAUUAGGUUUCGUCCAUGUCCUGCCUAGUUUGUGGUCCUGGCUGAGAACACUCAACAGCCUUUUACUUAGACAAGCAUGGUGCCCUCAUUUUAAUGUUCCUUUCACUUUUAAGAAAUUAAUUGCUCCUCUAGGGGUGAAUUGUGAAGACUUUGAUCAGCCCUUAACUUUUUAUGCUGCUCUAUCAUCAGGUCAAACAUCUAGUUUGUCAAAUACUUAGAUGUAUGUUGAACUCCCUACAAAAAAACAUCACAUCAGGAUGCUGAAUCCAAUAACACAAACAUGUUAGUGUUGUUUAUGUAAGGAUUGUAUUUUUCUGGGUUGGUAUCUAGUUAAGCUGUAGCAUAGGCUUGGACUGUGCUGUAAGUGUUUGUAUAAGUCCUAGUCUAAGUCCCUGUUUUGUUGACCUUUGACCUACAGCACUGAUUGAAGAUAGGGUUUUAGAACAACAUGCCAUCGAUCUGACUGAUUUCUUGUGUUAUCCACUGGUUUGUGUGAAACGUCUUCAGGUGUGAAGAAAUCAAAUCUAAAGCCUCUCUAUGAGCUCUUUGCUUUUUUUCUUACUGUACGUGUCAGAUCAGAUCUUUUUUCCUCCCUCAAGUGGUUUAAGACUGUCAUCUCUGAGAGUAGGCUGGCUUAUUUCUCAUUGAGGCAUGCCCAGCUUCUGGCUGCACUCUGGAUGGAUUUGCUGCGGAUAAAUAAAUAACUAAGCUGGCACCCCUCACUUUGGAUCCCCUCUGUUUUGGCAGGCCAUCCGUGCUGCAUUUUCUAUCAGGUGUAAACAUGUCUGUCAAACGGCAUGGCCAGGGGCCCUGGCGUUUUUGGCAUGCAUGACGCCACAUAUGGGGCGCUGCCAGCCCUUUCUGUCUGCCCACCUGACCUUGGCCAGGCUUGACAUGACUGAGCACGCUUAGCUCUACCUUCCACUUUUGUAGAGCUCUUUAGGAAGCCAAGUGGGCUUAAGUGGCUGUUAGUGAAUCUGACCCUAGGAUGAAGAAUGGACCUUGGCUGGCUGUCCCUGCACUGCUGACGUGGUGGAAGGGUAAUCCAAUGCAUAGCUCUGGCAAAGAUGUCCAGGCUCGGUCAAAACACUCAGUGCCCUGUAUCUUCACAUCCUCUCAUCUCACCACCAUUACUGUCAUCUACUGCACUGUGAGCAGCCAUGGACAUCAUCCAAAAGGCAGGACUGCAGGCUCUGGACCACUGAGAUAGAAAGACAAAACACUCCGAUAAGAAGAGGCCUCAUAACUUGAAGUGCUUUCCCUUUCUGAGUGUCACAGUACCCAGUAGAGUGCAACCAAUAUGAGGUUUUUGAAACUCUUAUCAAUACUGAUUCAAGAUGAAAAAUUGGUCUCAGAAAUUGUUUUUUUUUUUUUCCUGGAACAAAAAUAGACCUCCUCUGUAUUUGUUUUUCACCUUAUUUGCACCAUAGUGAAGAUAUCAAGGCACUCUAAUCUGUGUUUGUCUUAAUUACACAAUCUUGAUUUCCACAAAAAAGGGACACUGUGCAGAAAGUUAAAUAAAACAGAUUUUGAUGGUUGAACCCUAUAAAAGGGUACGACAGUCCACAGCACGUAGACCAAAAGCCAGAGUCUGUAAUGGUGCAAUAAUAUAUUUUUUUGAAACUUAAAUUUGUAUUGAAAUUUUUCAACUCCACAUGUAAACAUCAAAGUUUACAUAUAAAUCCAUAUAUUACACUGUAUACAGAUCCAAGAGAAAAGAAUAUGAAUAAGAUAUAUUUCAAGUAUUCCCAACUGUGUCCCAUUGCAUUCACUUCUUCCAUUUCGUCAAAAAGACAUUUUCCUUUAUUCUGAGUCGGUAUGUCAUUCUCUUCAUGUUGUGGACUUCUCUAAUGAUUUCUAACCAGUCAUUUACAGCUGGUGGCUCAGGUUUGUACCAUCUUCUUGUUAUUGUUUUUUUUUUUUUUUCCUUUUGACCAGUAAUAUUUUUAUGAAAUAUCUGCCUUUGACCAGGACAUAGCGAUUCAAGUUCCCAAAGUACAUAACACACUUUAGGUAUUUCACAACCUAGGAUGGCCUUAAUUAUGUUGUGUACAUUUUCCCAAAAUGGGUUAAGUUUCUGACAUCCCCAGAUAAUGUGUGUAUGAUUGGCUUCCCAUGUGAGAAUACUUUAGGGCAUACUGCACACAUACAUCUGUGUAAUUAAUACAUAUACAGGUUAUGCUGCUGCUAUCCAGAUACAUUUCUUUAUCAGGAAAGACCAAAAACCAUAAUCAGUACUUAUUACAACAGUAACUUAAUUCAGAAAAAAUGAAGCUUUCUUUAAUCAAUUCUUUUAUCAUUGAUAAAUACCAAAAAUUAGAUACCGAACAGAACAAAUACAAGCUACAAUCAAGAAUCAUAUUCAUUUAUUUCAUGGUACACUGGCUAUAUAUUGAGAAAAAGUUUUCAUACCAGUCUAAAUCUGAACACACAUAUAUAUAUAUGUGCUGACACUAGUGUCUGUGUGUUUGGCCCACAGCGGCCAAUCACAUCAGUCAGCACAUAUUGGUGUAGCUGUGGUUCAGGGCUCCUCUAAGAGCCCGUGUUCUCACUGUGAAAUCAACUUUUUGAAUCUGACGCCUAUGCAAAGACUGAGCUGAUCCAGCUGUGGACUAUGCAUUAUUCUGGGGGCAUGCUGUCUCUCUCCGCUCCAUAUCCACCAUCUCACCUCAGGGAACUGUCACUUUUUCAUCAGUAAGUUACUGAGCGUUCAUACAGCUCCCAGUUGUUUCACAGACCCCUCCCUUCCUCUAAAGAAGAGAAGUUUCAAGUAGCUGUCUUCCCCUCUCCCACACUACCGCAGCACUUUCUGUGUUUGACAGUUUUAUCCCUGACAUCCUGUGUCUCACAACUUGGAAACCACUAUUUUACAGACUCACAAAUUUGUGUGCAAGUUGGGUUUAGGUUGGUUGUUUUCCCUUGUUUUUUUUUUUUCUUCCCUCUUCUCUCCCUGCUUGUUAUCAUUGCCGUCUCCCAAUCUCUCACCCUUCUCUCUUUUGGUGUGAGAUAACAGCUUGGGUUGAUGAGGGGUCUCUGCUGAUUGAAAAAGCAAACGGCCUGUCCUGAACGCCCCAGGAUGUGCUGGAGUCAUCAGGAUCCAUUGUGUGAGGCUGUCACAGCCUCACAUGCUGUUGGCCCUGCGAGCAACAGAAAAUCUUUUCCCACCUUUUGUUGUUUGUAAAGUCUGAUGGGCUAAUGAAGGCCACACUGAUGUGUCAUUUCUUCGUAACGUGCUCAAGAGCCAAGGCUUUUCUUCCCCUUUUUCUUUUCACAGAACACUCCGGCUUUGCAUUCAAGGGUAAAAAGCCGCUCUCUUCUUCCUGCUCCUUUUUCUUUCUUUACCUUCUAUUCAGAGACGCAGCUUGCAAAGAAAAGUAAUUUCCCUCUCUCUGUCCCUGAGAGAAUCAACACUGAAGUUGCAUUGAAUUUCUUGCUGCAACAUUUUUUCUUGGCUCUAUUUCAGACCCAUAACCUGGGGGUAAACAUGCAAUUAAAAUAACAGCAGCCUGGCUUUUCCUCCACUCCUCUUCUCCUUCAGCCGUUAGCACAAGCAAUGUACAACAUGGUGACUUGGUUCUCCUAAUUGCUUUUGCUUUUAAUUGGUAGAGAAAAGCUCGUAAUACUCAACCAGCAGCCAAACACACUUUUCACCUUGUUUUUUUUCCUCAUUGUUUUUCUCCAGUAGUAUUAUUGUACACAUCUCCUUCUAAUGAGUUUAUUUUGGUGCGUAAUGCAUGUUUCCUUCUCUGCACUCCUGCUGAUAUUUUAAUCAUGAUUUCCCAUGCAAUUGGCCUGAUGCACUUUCUGAAUUCUUACAAACACAGAUAUAUCAUGUAGUGAAUGAUGAGGACAGUCAUGAGAAAGUUUGGCACGAAUGCAGCCAGUCAGGUGGUCUACUUUCCUAAAUGGCUUCCGUCUAUCCUGUUCCUUUCUCCUUUGUACUUUUUUUUACUUUCACAUGGAUUUCUUUUUCUCCUUUUUCAACUAGGAAUAGAGAGAAAAUAUAGGUCAGCUUUUAUGGGAGCAAUUUGACACAUGACACAAGCUAUGCGCAUCACUCUCUCCCAAGUCCUGCCUUUGUCUGCUUGUCUUUAUUUGUCUAUAAUGAAAGCUGCGCAGUUAUUCGCACACUUUUAUUACGCUUCUAUAAGUAGCUGGUGGAGACUUGCCGACUCACCCCACCCACCCACCCCCCCAAAAAAAACUCUGAGAACCCUGUGGUGUCUGUCUGCAUGGGGCUGAUAGUGUGAGACGCCUGGCUAAACUCCACCAAACCAAUCCCUGCUCCACAAGCCUGCCCAGCUGGCUCGACUCGGCCUCCACAGACGCAAUUCUGUUUCCACUCAGGACAGGAGGGGCUGUGUUCCACUAUCACAAAGGAUGCUUGGUGGUCCUCCCCAGUUUGCUUUGAUAGGGCGGUAGGACUGCAAAAUAAAUCAACAUUAUAGAGAACACCUGCAUUAAACCUGCAGAGGUGUUUCAGUACCAAAUACCUACAUCUCUUUAAAAAGAGGUAUCAGUAUUGGUGAGUCGCCAGUCAGUGCACUUAGUGCAAAACAUUUCAGAUCAAUUAUGACAUGAUUAAGAGGAUCAAGAAGAAUGCUGUGCUAGCAGAUGGUGUGCAGUCAGUCUAGUCUUGGAGGAUAUCAGCCAUCACUGGUUGUUAACUCCUGUUCUUUACCAUGAAGAAAUUAGAGGGACUUGGAUAAAAGUUGUGGUUUUUGGAUAGUUACGGCAAAGAUGUUUAGUGAGCUUGUUAAAGUUUGGCCAGUGACCAACCAUCACUGAAUAGCCUUGAUCUUUGUUUAGCACAGACUUAAAAAUAGGGUUGGGUGAUAUGGCCUUAAAUCAAUAUCACAAUAUAUUAUGCAGGUCACCUUGAUAACGAUAAAUGGAUGAUAACCAUUCCACAUGCUGCUCACCCCCUCCCUCAUAAACUUCGUCUACUUCAGCCGCUGCUCCAGCCGCUACAACUUUUGAACCGUCCUCCAUCUUCUCACCUGUCUUUCCCUCUUUGUUACGGACUGGAUGGGGUGGAGUAGGACGUAGGACAGUGUCUUAAAGGAACAUGAGACCACCUACCGCCUACCUACACACAUCCAAAAACAACUUUUAUUAAUUUUUUUGACUCCGAAUAUAUUGACAUGGGCAAAAUGAUGUCGGUUAUUGUUGUAAAUUCUGAAAUCAGUAAAUUUUCAGUUUAUCGCCCAGCACUACUUAAAAACACACAAAACUCUGUACACACCCAAAGCAUGGUUGUUUCAAUUUUCAACCAUUGUUGUCUGCACACAUAGGGAUUGAAUGAUCAUGGAUAAGAUAUCUAUACUGGAAUAAUUUUUUCCAAACAAAAAUUUAGAACAUGUUUAAAAUAAAAACAUUAAACACACAAUGAGGACAUGUACAAGCGUCCUGCUUUCACACGCUUUCAUAUGAACAUUCAAACAAUAACCUAUAAAUACUGGAUGAACUUGAUGUUAAGACCCUCAGGCAGUCCAUUUGAAACAGACAUGACUCUGUUGUGGAAAUCCCUGCAUGAGCUCAGAAUCGCUUCAGAAUUCCAUUGUCUGCACAUGUCCAUCUUCUAUCUGUGGUUCUUAAUCACACAGAGUUCGGAGGAUUUUAUGCAAAAAUAUCUCCGUUUAGAGGACCCUUUUGGUCUUUGGUCUCUUGUAAUGAAACUAGUAUUGAAACAUAAACAAAUUAGAUACUUAUGUACAAGCUUUAUACAUGCUCACCAGUGUGGACGUUUGACUGAUCAGCUGAAGGUCUUAGAUAAGCCUUGCAUUCACAGUAAAAAUAGGAUGAAGACCUAGCUAACCGUCAGCUACAUGGUGAAUAAUAGGUGUUACUUUGGUGGAAAGGCCAAGGUUAGAUUUCAACCAUCAGUGUGGUUGAUAAAGAGCUUGCAGUGAAAAAGAUCCACCGGUCCUUUGUUUGAAAUGAUCUGGGAUUCUGCAGACAUGAUGGCAUGUUAAGUAAACCGGUAAGGCACAAGAACUGUGAAUUGCCUGGAUAAACACUUAAAAUUCAUUCAUUGCAGAUCGUGUCAUCAUCUCUAUUCCUGACAUUGUUGUCACAAAUCACAGAUUUCCUAUUGUGCAUGCCAUGUGGUUGGAUGUCUGGAGAUUCAAGCCCUUUUUCAGACCAGGUUUAACCUCCUGCAGGGGGGUCAGAGGGCAAUUAGGACUCAGCAGAAUCCAGUAGUCAGUACAGUCACGUGUUGAUUUACCACCUGAGGAGCGGCACCUCCAACUUGAGCCAGUCCCUGUCUGACUGGACUCUGUCAGGUGUAGGUAUCCCUGCCCCUGAUAUGACUGGUCUGUGUGUGUAAAGAGCCUCAGUUGGGGGUGGGCUGCCUUUGUGAAAAAGGGCCUGUGUUUGGCGUGUGAUGUACAUUUGAAGUCGUAGUGGCAGCGGCGCUGAUAGGCGAGUCAGUAGACGUCAGGCUUCCUGUCUGUUGGGUUUCAUCUCGUCCUGCUCGGCUCUGCAAAGCAGAGUGUCAGCUGGGGCAUUACCAUAGGCUGACCUUUGCCGCAGCACUCCCCACUGCACAGCUUUCUGACAUUCAGGGGCGCUGUGGGGGAGGCAGGGAGGGGGUGGGCUGAUGGCCUGUUGGCUGUUUUUUGCCUGUAGUGCGUUGAUGUGUGUGUGUGUUCUUAUAACAACUGAACUGACAGUUUAUGCUGGUGUUUUUUCCACAUCCUUUCACUCUCUUGCCACUGUUUUGCUUUUUGAAACGCUUAGAAAAGACCGAGUUAUAUUUGAUAUUUGGUUUUCAUCCACCCCAAACCUGCCUGUUGUCAAAGAGAUUGCUGUUAUCUUUGUGUGAAAUCUUGGCACCCCGAUAAAUGAGAGGGAGCUGGAAAUGCUGCCUGCUGACAUCAAGGAGCUGCCAUGUACCUAAAAUCCUUCCAAGGCCGAGGGAAAAGAAUAACAUAUCAGGCCAAUUAAAGUUAAUGCAUGGUGACACGCUGAAUCGAGGGCAGGGAUUGCUGCCAUAUGGCGGUCCGGGCUGUAAAUCAGAAAGACGAGGGGUGGGGGGGGUGGGGAGGUUGGGGGGAAGAGGGGAGUGGGAGGCGGGUAUCAAAAAGGGUGACGCAGCAUCUCCAGCACAAUACCACCCUCUAAAAUCCUCAGAUCUGUCUCAAGACUGCAGCUCUGCCACCCACCUGUCUCCCUUCUCCUUUAUCUACCCUUUUCCCGCUUCCUCCACCCCCUGCCCCUGCCGCACCCCAAGGUGCAACACUCUCAGGUAUCUGUGUAGGACUGGCAGCUUCAUUAAGGCUGGUUUUUUCUCCUCUCGCUGGGAGGAUUUAAAUGAGCUGUCAUCCUGACCUUUUUGAGCUCCAGCUUUUUAAAGCAAGUUCAGCCCCCCCGCCACCACCUUAAACCCACCACCCGUCUUUCUCUCUUUCCACCUUUCUCUCCCGCUUUGUCACUCUUUCCUCCACUUGUCUCUUCUCCCUGCAGGGGGGGAAGACACUUUUAAGCUUUCACCCUGCGGCAGACAGGCACGCCAAGGUUGUUUUGUGGGUAAUUGCCUCUCUCAUAGACGCUGUUUGUCUGCGCACACUUGCCGCCCUCUUCUGAUUCCACGCAGCAAAAAAAGAGGGGGGAGGGCACGGACUCUGUAGACUUAAUUUGCUCCCUGACUGUUCUUCAGUGCUGAUUAAGCAAGCAUCUGUGGUGUUUUGACUACAGCAGUAAGCCAAGCGGAGCAUGGCUAACGUUCUCUCCCUCUCUAUUACAUCAGGUUAUUGCACAAAGUGGCAGGCAUUUAUUGGAGCUGUAGCGCAGUUUAUUCAUUUCUUUUCACCACAUCCCGAGCUGGCUCCAUUGUUUAACGUCCCUAAAAUAAAGGCCUCUUUGAGGUGUAGAGCACUGCAGUAUCGAUCAGAGACUCACUAACUUGUCAGCGCAGGGCCUCUCGAGUGUGUUCCUUUUGGAGUGUACAGGAGUCAUUAAUUUCCUCUGCCACGGUCGGGUGGAGGUGGAGAGGUAAAGCGCAGGUAGCAGGAUCCAGCACCGACUAACAUGCAGGGCGAGGAGGGACCGAGUCGAUUGAAAGCAGCCAGCCCCUCAGGCCCAGUCUGCCCGUUUUACUUCAGCUGUUUGAUGUUUAAUUGAAGUUGUUAUUGGCAUCAAAUGUCACCUUACCUGAUGCUCCAGGUGUGAAUCGGUUUCUAAUUGAAAGGUAACUAUGUCUCCCUCAGCCCUGUGCCUCCGGGGAUCAGCCGCAGAGUUCUAUUAGUCUGGACCCAGCCUCUGUAUCACCACGCACCAUGUGCUGCCUGGCAGUUAUGUCUGACUGCUGACCUCCUCUCUCCCUCUCUCUCUCUCUCUCCCUCUCUCUUUCUCUCUCUGCAGUGUGAGGAGAAGUGUGUGUCCCAUGUUGCAUUAGUGUCUGUGUGAAAUGCUGGCCUGUCUGCCAGGGCCAGGUGACCUCCCCCUCCAGCUUCUCCCCCACACGCAGAUGAACACUGGACUUCAGAAAUGUAAGUACAGAUCUCAGGACACACACUCACACACACUUUAACCACCACCGCCAUCCCACUCAGCAAACCAAGCUGUUACAAUCCUGCUGCCCGCCCCUCGUCAGAUGCCCAUACCAACCCUGGCCUGGUUCUCUCCUUCAGCUUUGUGUUAAAACCCGACAGAGAAAGAGAGAGGGAGAGUAUUUUUAUGCUCCAGGACCACAGAUCUGUCUUCAAGGGAAAUUAGGAUGAACUGCGCCAUUAAUUUGCUGAUGAACAGUGAACUAUCCCCCCUCCUCUCCUCCCAAAAGAUCUGUCUAUCACGAGUAUGGGGCUGUCUGCGCACUAAGACACUAAAUCUCCACAUUCACGUGUCGGGUUUGACCGUCUCAGUUACUUUUCACCACGAGGAGGAGUCACUCACUGUCAGACUUGCAGACAGAUUUCAGCUGAGUAGUUCUUUUGCCCUGGUGAUCCUGCAAUGUGAGUGAAUUAGAGAUGCAAUCUGCUGCCCUGUUUUAAUGGCGGACUAGUCAGAGCUGGCCCAAUUAAUUCAAUGUGUUUGAAUUUCACAACUGCUGACAAACUUGGACUCCACACAAUGUGAGGGUCAGCAACACAAAUGGAGUGUCAAAGUCAGCAGUCAGCAGUGAGAACUGAAGCUAACUGGAUCCGACCAGAGAGACUAGAGGAGAAUAAUGUCAGACAAAUGUAUAUGUAUUUGAGUUUUAUUUGUAUAAGGAUAUAAAAAGCACGUAAACCACUGUUGUUCACUUCAGUAUUUAGGCAAGGCAAAUGUACUUCUGUGGCUCAUUUCAGCGUCAAGGCAUUUUUCAAAGUGCUUUACAUGAGAUACUAGAAAAGAGACACAUUAAAAGAGGACAUUUCAAAAUCAUUAAACACACCAUUAAAAAUCAAAGCGGAGAAAGACAAUUCAAAAAGGGAAAAGAGAAGAUUAGACGACUGUAUAAUAAGACAGUUAAUUGCAAUCCCAAUUUGCAAUUCAUUUAGAUAAACCUUAAAACACACGACAAGAAACCCAGUGCAGAAAAAAAUGUAAUGGCAACAACGUUCAGGGUCUAAUCAGUGAUCUUACGGGCUUUUUUUUUUAAAGUUUAAUUCUAUAAAACUGUGUCAUAACUAUGAGCCAUUUUAUAACUGCUCUUAGGGGAAAGAUAAAUCUUAAAACUAACUUUGGCAGUUUUCAAAAAGAUUCUGGUAAUCUCUAAAGUUUUCUUAUCUGGGAUUUGUUCUUAUAUGAACAAAAUCUAAGAGCACUUAGAAACACUUAUGCUCCAUUCCAGUUACCUCGGAAGUUGGAGCUGGGAAUGAUGUUACACCCAAGUUGACGGUGCUCCAGUUAACAAGUCAGAAAACCAAGAUGGACGCCUACUGUUAGCCAUUGUUAGCUGUUGUUAGCUGUUGCUAGCGAUACCAGUUGUAAACAAUGCAUAACACAGUAUUUUACUCUUGCAAACACCAUAGCACCGUGUUCACAGUUAGACAUUGGGCAGUACAGCAUAUACCACUUAUUUAAUUUCACAAAAACAAAUCAGAAGUGCUAAAAAAUAAUACAUUACGUGAGUUUUCACUGUUACUCUUUACUGUUGAUGUACUGCGCUGCCAUCUUGGAUUAUGACGUUGCCUUGGUUGGUGAGUCGGAAAUCCAACUUCAGAGGGGCAUUCCAGAUGAAUUUCCGUCUCGGAGCUUGGAAAUUCAGACUUCUGAGUACAACUGCACGCAGCAUUAGACUCACUUGGGUACUGGUAUGUUGGAUCAACAAUUUUUGGAUACUGUUUGUCUUAGUGUAGCACCUUUAUUUCAUUAAGAAACUAUCAUACACUGAUCAGCCAUAGCAUUAUGACCACCUACCCAAUAUUGUGUAAGCCCCUCUCUUAGCAGGACAUGUCCCAGCCUGACUUGACGAGACAUUAAAUCCACCAGAGCCCUAAAGGUGCGUUGAAAGUAUCUGGUAUCUGACACCAAGACUGCACCAGUCGAUCCUUUAGGUUCUUAGAGUUGUGAGAUGACACCUCUAUGGAUCAGACUUCUUUGCUCCACAGAUGGUUGGUCCACGGUCCAGUUUUGAUGUUAACACAUCCAUUGCUUUCAGCAGUGAACAGAGGAUUAGCAUGAGCACUCUGACCAGUCUGUGGCUACACAAACUGCGACACACUGUUUGUUCUAACACUUAUUGUCUCCCAUAAACUUUUUCACCACGUGAGCCAAACUUUAAAAACAGCAAUUUAGGAGCAGGGGUACGAGCGGGCUCAUGGUUUUGCUUCUCAGGGCUUUUCUUUGAGGAAAGUCUUUAGAAGAUGUUGGUAAAUGAGGCCUAUUGUGAUUAUGAAACUUUCUGUGGCAUUUAGUAAGUGUGUGGGCUUGUCAAGUUUUGUUGCUGCUGUUUUAAUUGCCCUGCACCUACGUGAUGUGCAUAUAACAUUGCCCAUUUAACCUUUUAAGCAUAAGAAUUAACAACAAAUUCAAGAUAUAAAACACAAACUGAAUAAUAAAUCUAUACAUGAAGAAAGCAGAACUGGACCGUAGUGCAACCAGAAUAUUAAAAGAUACAAACCAGAACAAUAAAAGAGACUGCACUGAUUUAUCCACGCAUACGUGAUUGAAUCCUUAGAAACAACUUCACUUCUAUUCAAAACCAUCCACACACAGGUCAGGUUUGAGUCCCACGGAUCGCAUAUUUACCACGUUGAUCAACAAACCAGAGUGCAGGAAUUAGAUUUUUAACACGAAGUGCGAUGUUGCUUACCUUAAAUAGAUUUUAAAGCAUAUUUUGGUGUUUUAAAAAGUGCUAAUGAUCAUCUGUUGUUUUGUAGAUACAUCCACAUUUUGAGCUGAUGUGUGAUUCUUGCACAAGUCACACUUUGUCCACAUGCUGCAUGAUCAGGGUUUUUUUUAUCCUUCAUACCACAAGCUCUCUGGAUAAACUGAAGAUUAAUUAUUCCCAGACAAUUCUCACCACUGAUCGGUUUUAUCUAUCCUUUCAUAUAAAGUCUACGUCUCUUUUUCCUCCUGCCUGUUUCUGUCAGUACAAAAACUCAGCCCCAACUUGACCCAUUUCUGCAGCAGAUUUUUUUUCCUCCUUGUUGUAAAAUGCUCCAGCUCAUCAAGACUGUAAUUUCAGAAUCACAGUAAUCAGCCAACCCCCAGGAGAUCAGCGAGCGUGAGGGAGUCUGCUAAGUGCCAACGUCUGUUGCUUCACUCAGGCAGGCUUGUGACAUGGUGCAGCCAUCAGCUCCUCCGUCUCUCUGCUCUUCCUUUAUGUGACAAACUGAGACACAUCAGAGCAGGAGGCACAACUGGAGUUCAGUUUGUUUUUCUGCCCAGCACUGUAAUCCAUUUUGGUGAUGGAGCGAGCUUCUCACAGCUCGGGCCGGUCUCAGUGGUGUAAUUUCAAUCUAUUUUUUUCCACCUCGUCAUUCUCUUAUAAUGCUUUUUCCUUUUCAUCUGCUCUUCAAAGUAUCAUUAACAGACGCGUCGUUACAUCAAAAGCAGUGGAGCUGUUUUUCAUUUAGACUGAAUCAUUUUUAUCAAAGUGCCAUGGGAAAAAAAGAGAUCUAAAAAAAUCUGUACAGUCUCAGGUGGUUUUACUGCCUACUGUCUCCAGUCUCAGCAGAUCAUCUUCUGCAUGUUUGAGCCAGACUUUUGUAUCGGCUUUUUGAUGUUCUCAGGCUCAUCAUGACAUCAGUCAUCGAAUACUUUUAUGUUGAUGUGUCAGGUUUUUAAAAAACCUUUUUUACCAGAACUGUACGGCAGACAAAAGUCUUAAGGAUGAUUUUAAAACUGUCCUAUAACAUAGACUGCCAUGUGAUAUAAUAAGGGUUGUCUUGAUACGAUAUUGAUAUCGGAUAUUGUUCCGGUAUCAGCAAAAAAGCGAAUAUCGGACUAUAUUGGCCUGCAUCUAAAAUCUCCGAUAUCAGCACUCCGAUACUAGCAGUUCAUUCCAGACUCCACUCCAGCACCUCUAUCUAGCAGCGCCCUGAUCCAGCAAGCUGAGCCCACAACAUCACAACAACAGUGUGUACUAAGGUACUAACAAAGUAGCAAGGAGUAAGAGUGAUGUUGGCCAUGUGGCAGUAUUUUUCCAAGAAAGACGUUGCAUUUAAAUGAAAAACUUGUCAUGCACAACUUUGUGCCAAUAUCAGAUCAGUAUCGGUAUUGAUCAGUAUUGAAGGCUACAAUAUCAGUAUUGUAUCGUAUUGAAAGUCAAAAAGUGGUAUUGGGACACCCCUAGUAAUAAUCUGGCCUCAAGGUUUACAAUACUUCCCACACUGUCUGCAGUACAUGGUGCAAGAGAGAGUACAGUCCAAACCUGCUGUUUGUAAAGCAUCUUGAGACAAUAUUUGUUGUGAGUUGCUGCUAUGUGACUCAAGUUUGAACAGAUUGAACAUGAUAUUUACAUUCUGUUCAAGGAUUGGAUAGAUAGAUAUGUUGAUGUAGAUUAUUUCUGGACAAAUAGAUUUUUAUCAGGAACCCUUCAUGGCCAUCUUCAUCGCCACAUUGGUGUUAACUGCUCACUUUGUCGAGGAAAUGCUACAUUUUGUUCAGGCUGAAAAAUUUAUUUCACUGGUUAACAUACCUUAAAGAUUUCCUCUGUAAUUUAAGUAUCAAUACCAAUAAAUAAAGUGUCUCAGUUUUAAGGUUUUCUGAGUCGGUUUAUUUAUGUAAAAUGAAAAUGUGGAUUUUCUUUGGUCAAAGUACAUCUUUAAAAGAUCAGCCUUUUGUGUAAUUAUUUAAAUUAACUAAUCAUGAAAAAUUAAAUUAUUUACACAUAAAAAGUUUAAUUCAGCUGAAAAAUGUAUCUCGUGAAGCAGUUAAUUUUUCCUCUCAAAACUCCUGUAAUAGUCUGGAUCUCAUCUGUGGUCAGUGUGACGAGUAACACAACCAGAACCUACGCCCUCAGAGGAGCAGUAUGUGCCCAAAUAGCAUAAUUCAAAAUACUGCAGCUCAUGUCCAAAAACGACGACUGUUUGCACUGGUGUAUGCAGUAAAAUAUUCAGAAAUUUUCUUUGAAAUGUGUUUCUCUUUUUCCUUUUUAAGAAAGCAGCACUAUCGUAAAUUUACAUAAUCAAAUUGAUAAUGUGGUGGUGCACAUGUCAUGGAAAGUUUCAUUAGCAUUGUUAUCCAUACAUAACCCCAUACCAGUCAGGUAUUAGUUUAUGGUAUUGGUGAUGCCAGAAUCCCCACUAUCAAAUAAACAUAAUGUUCUCCAGUUUUAUUGUUGACAGCACUCUCAGCACUGUCUGUAACAGGGAUGGGCAAUAUGGGCAAAAAUAUUUAUCACAAUAAGAUUUACCAUUGUGGCAAUAACGAUUAAAGUCCCGAUAAGAAACAUUAUAAUUCCAUCUAUAUUUUUGACUCAUUUUGUCUUGAGAGCACCAGUUGCAGUAGUCAAAUAAGAUAGUCAACCACAAUUUUGAAUGGUAGGUUGUGGAGAAAACUAAUGACAUCAAACAAGUCUCAAAUGUCAAAACAUUAGUUGAAAACUCAGGCAUACCUAAUUGCACUCAUUUAAGCCCCAAUCUUGAAGGAAAUCUCUCAUGUGGAGCCUUGUUCAGUAACAAGCUGCUCAGAAACCUCUUCUUCAUUACCUUCAGCCAUGUUUGUUUGUUACUCUAAUCUGUGUGGGCUAUAGCUGUGAGUCCGUCACCUGUGCCUACGUCAUCAACUUGUAUUUAUUGUAUUUAUCAUGAGAUGGCAAAUAUUUAUCAUGGAGGAUUUUUCUGACGAUAUAUCAUGAACAAUAAUUUAUCGCCCAUCCCUAGUCUGUAGCACAUGUUGAUCUUGCUAAAGUUUUUGGGGUAAUGCUUCAUUAGAAAGCAAUCAUCAGAGGGACUUUACACAAUCAUGUUAGUGCACAAUUGGUGCACUAUACAUGCUUAAAAGAGUAUUAUAAUUCCAGCUGAAAUAUCCAUGAAGUUAGACCAUGUCUUUAUCUGUCAAGUGUCUUAAAUUGGUCUUGAUAUCAGUUUCAAAGACUCCUGUGCCGCUCGGGCUCAGUCUGUGGUUUGUGUGAUGUUAAACAGCCAGAACUUAAAACCUUUCAGUCACACUGUGCUGUCUCCUCAGAGCCCCAUCGUUUACUCACAUGGAAGAUCAUUUGACAGCUUAACUCCAUGAGAGAUGUGCCUGACUGCUUUAAGGUGAAACUCAUAGACUAGUUGUCACUGGGAAUCUUUAUUCAAUACACUGACAAGUUCCCACAGAAAGGAAGAGGCUCAGAUGGAGAGUUUACAUAAUUAGCUCCAAUUUGUGUUCCCAUUUUCCUACCCUUGAGCACCAUCCCUACAGCUGCUCAGUGCGCUCUAAUGCUGCGCCUUGCGUUACAGAAUAUUGUCUCUGACACUUUCCCCUCCCUCUGUUUUCACGGAGAGCUCCAGAUCACCAGGCUGGCCGCGCUUUGCCUCCUCGCCUGCGGGUGAAAUCUGUGCAUAGGAGAGUAAUUUAAAGUUACGAGCUUGCAGGUUGCUGUCAGAGGCGAGGCCGGAGCAGCUGCUCUAUUUAUCAUCAGGGAGGGACUGUUAACAGAUGAUGGCUGUGAAAUGUAAAGGCUGUCGGAGGAGUAGAUCAGGUAGGCAAAGAGACAGUGGGUCACAGAGAAAAGGUCUUGUACUCCAGACAGGAUGACUCAAGCACCACAAAGUGGCCCUUGGUUCUCAGUUCUUUCAGGCAGAACAAACAGUGAGUACCGCUGGGCCACUCAGCUGAUUUUCACAUCUGAGUCCCUGCUGAGAUCAAAAGAAACCAUCUUCUCUUCCUCUCCUGAUAAUUUUUUCACUUUUCAAAGAUCUAUCAGCAUGGGAGGCUCUGCUCGAAAAUCUGUAAAAAUGUAAGGAGGUGGCAUCAUGUGGGAAACCAAAUUCACAUGUCUAAUUUGACGCCAAAGCUUCAGACUUAAUUUCCUGCUCUUGUGUGAAAAUUGCAAUUUGCAGCAGCAUGAGCCCCUGCCCCCUGCUGCUUAAACCUUGUUCAAUAAAAACAGUAGUUUGAAUAAAAGAAACCCUAAUUAGUGCCUGCUGACUGUGCACUUGUGUUGCCGCUUGCUAGCUAGCUAGCAGCGGGGUAAUUAACGCAUGGCCAGACUGGCCUCUCUCCCCCUGCUCCCUCUCUGGGAACGUGCUUAGCUGGAGAUCUGAGAGAUGAUAUGCUCGCAGCCGCCUACAAACUUCACUCAUAUCCUCAUUAACCCUCCCUUGAUGCUUUAAGCUCCACAACUAAUCCAAGUUUCAGGUUAAGGUUGAAAUGCUAAUAAGCUACACUUGCUUACUAGAACACAUAAUCAACAGCUGCCAGAGCCUUUAAACAGAUGUAAACAGCGAGAGGUUGAUGUUUUCCUCUGUCAGAGGCAACUGCUCUAAACAGUAAUUUACCGAUUUCAUUACACGGUUUACAGCAGUUCUGUUGAACUCUUCAUUCUGUGUUUUUUUUCCCCCUGUUUUCUAUCCCAAAAUGCCUGCCUAAGCUUUGUUAACAAUGUAUAAUCCCUUUUCCAAUUUAAUGGAUUGGUCAGUUUCCAGACAUUGACAUUGCUUUCUUUGCUACUUGCCUGAGUCUAACAACUUCAGUAUAAAACUCAUUACACAGGUGCAAGUGGCGAGGAAAUAACAGUGUACACAGUUUAAUGCUCACUGCAGUUUUUCUCACCAUAUUUUUCAAUCUGAAGCAAAGUGACGGCUGUAUUCACCUCUAUUUUUAAGUUGCACACUCUUUAAUUUGCCUGUAAAACAGUCAAAUGCAUAUGCAAAUAGCUGUUUGUUUCUCAUUCAGUUUAGGUGUUAAAUAUAAUGUGAACACCUCAUUAUUUGGAGUGUCAAUGAGUAUGUAUAUUCUGCCAAACAACACCUGGUGUCUGGAUCAUUCUGUGAAAGACAAAUGACUUUGAGUGUUUGUCAUGACCAGCUGAAAACAGGACUUGGUACAGCAUGACUUCUAAACCGAGAGCAGUUACAAAGUUAUCUUUAUAAACCCUUUGAAGCUCUUGGAUCAUUCGGUGUAGUUUGUAUUAAUAACCCUACUUCACUUCUCUGUCAGCUCAGUUUGAGCUCCUCACAUCCCCACACCGCAACUCUGCACCACAAACACAGCAAACCCUUAAAGUUGAUCUUACGAGCCACUGUGGUCUUUAACAUUCCUUCAUGCUGUCCACAUUCCUGGUUUCAUCCUCAAGCUCUUACAGCCAUGAAAUGGUGAAAGAUGUUUUAUUCAUUGCAACAGCUGAUGGAACUCUCUUCCCACCUACUUACCACCCUUUUUUUACAGAUACAGUGACAUGAGGUUUUGACAACAGUUGCAGACCAGGAAGACGGUGCCAGAAUCUAAAAGGCUCUAAAUAUCUUUUGAAUACUGAUAGCAAACAAGUUCAAGUCAUGAAGUUUUACUGCUGAAAAGAGCCUGACAGUUAUGGGACUCUAUGUUAGUAUACAGAUUUAAAGGGGAAAGAUUGAGCAAUAACCAGUUGAGGUUGAAUUAUGCACUAAUUUUUGCACCAGUACAAAUAAGUAAAGAUAUUUAGAAGACCACUCUCAGAUGCGACUUUCUGUUCAGCCGCUACAUAAGCUUCAAACUGGGUGUACAGUAUCUCAAAGUUUGGUGUUGGCAUACAAAUCACAGUGAAUCACUUCAAGCGUUGUUUUUACAGCAUAUAUGAAAAAGAAAUGUGCUAUUAUCAGCGUUGUAGCUGAGUCAACAAACCUUGAGUCUCUAGUUUUGAGUUCUUGGUGUUCAAGCCUGACUCCAGACCAGUGAGGUCCACACUGUUAACAUUAAAUCUUAAAAGGAAUAUUAGAAGUACCCCUGUUUCUAUCUAAACUGUUAACCUAAUGAAUCAGGACUCGCUGUGUGACACCUUUUGGAGGCAUAGAAAAUACAUCGCAAUAAUAUAAGAUUCUGACUGAUCAUGUAUGGUUGCUGUAUCUGGAGAUUCAAAUUAUAAGAGAAGUCUCAGAACUUUACAUCUUAUUUCUCAUCAUAAAUGGACACAAUGCCUCCAUGCAGUUAUAGACUAUAAUAAACUUCAAUAUAAAGAUAUCUGAAACUCACCUGUUUUUUAUCAGAAUUUUAACUGACCAAAUGUCAGACCCAGUGGUUGAGUCACUUUUGUUGCCAACAUCACCAUUAGCUUGUUAAUAGUAACAAAAUUAACAGUCCAAUUGUCCAAGUAGUUUACUUUAAAGAUCUUUCUCAUAUCCAAUAAAUUGCACUGCUCUCAAUUGUAUUUGCUGUUACAUCUUUGAAAACAAGCUGCAUGAUACUUGGCAUCUCCUCAGCUUCCUGGCAGGAACUGUUGCCAAACAAGACAUGCAAACGUUUCAAGACACAUAUCACUUACUCUAAACUGAAUGAAUUAUUAAAGGGUUUUACUUUUAGAACUUCUGCUGCUACUAAUAUGAGUUAUCAGAGUUAUCAGUCAGACUCAGAUUAUGUUAUCAUUGAAGUUUAAACAGUUAAAACCCUGUCAUUUUUUAACCCUGUACAUUUCAGACACAGGCGGUCUUCAGGCAGUCUCAUUGCAGUAUAUUGCAGUGUAUGGCAGCUUAGAUCUGUCUGAAGUGGAUUGAUCCUUAUUAAAUACUGUUGAUAUGCUCAUGCAAAAUAACACAGCAUUAGAUGUUUUCGUUCAGGUACUCAAAACUGUGACCCAUGUAUGAUGAAAUCUGUGCAAGAUGUUGUCCUCUGGAGAACAGAAAUAGUCAUAUCUGGACCAUCUCUGUUCUCCAGAAUGGGCACAGUUUGAUACUCCCAGAUUAUGGAGGUGGAGUAUUUUUUAUUUAAAUAUGACUUAUGAUAUAUUUUAAAUGCCACAUGUCACAUUUCUGACAUCAGCUUAGUGUUUUUAUGUUUCAUUGUCAAAUAGAGAGGAAAUGCCACAGAUAGAACUGCAGCCAAACACUGAUUCUCUAUAUUAAAGAUAUCGCAUGAGGGCAUUUUGGGUAUUUUAUUUUAUGCGAAUGCAACAUUUGGUAAAUCUUCACACUACAGGAAAAUUCUGCUCAGCAUUUGUCCCGAAAGAGAGCAUAUGAAUAAAUCUAAAUAUGUGCUCCACAUAUGGUCCAGAUUCUCGCAAGACUUAAAUAACAUCAUCUCCUGUCCUCUGAAUUUUGGUGCAGUGUUGAUCAAAGAGAAAACAUAGUGGGUUCAUAACUACAGCAAAUUACAUGAUGUUUUGGUAGAUUUCAAUGACAUGAAGCAAUUACAGAUGAUCCAAAAUUAUAUCAAAAAAGGAAAGAAUGAGGCUGUACCCUGGGCAAACAUGACAAUCUGUGUCUGCCUCUAUGCAACCAUUCAAAAGGUCUUAAAGAAUUACCUGUGUGACAGGUGCAGUCCAUCUUUAGCAUUUCUGUCAGGCUUUGUGUAAGUCUCCUUUAUCUGUUUGCUUACUCUGGCAUCUACUCAGCAACAGACAUCAGGCCCCAGUGACGGCGGGUGUCGAGCUCCGGCUCCUUGGCCCGGACCCCUGCAUUAAUGAGGCUGCCAUCAGCAGGCUGAACACUCAGUCAUAGCGGCCCCCUGUGUGCCGCCCCAUACCGGCCCCGCACAUCGCUGCCCAUUGUUUCCUGCUCACAAAUAAAGCGUGAAUUAAUUAGCCAGUUGGCACAACUCUUGGUGCUGCCGUGUCAGCGCUCGCAGUUCAGCUCGGUGCCUCAUCCCUCAGGCCCAGUCUGUCUGCUGUGAGCCUGAGCAUAAUGGCCACGUCCGCAUGAAACCACAGACCCCUGCCAACAAUAGAGACAUUUCAAAUUACUGCUCACUUAACCACAGAGAGAAGCAGCCUGUGCGCUGUAACAACAGCAUCUAUUUUACCUGCACUAAAUGGAGAGAUUAAAUGAAAAAGAAAAUCAAAUCAACCAGCGAUCAGACUUGUGAUCUCUCCUGGAGAUCAGCUCCCAUCAGGUCCACCGGUUCAAGUGUUUCGGUAUAAGUGGGUCCGACUUGCAGGGCUGUGGUAAUGGGAACAGAGAGACGAAAGGAGAAAAAGAAGAGCCUGUCAUCCUCCAAAAUGAUUAUCACUGACUUUUAUUGUGUUAGCGCAGAAAGUGGAAGUGAGCAAACUAUGUUAAAAUGAAACACGCAUUCACAUCUCCCCUCUGGCAGAUUAUCUACAAGACACUGACAUAUUAGCCAACACCUGCAUGAUCCUGCCACACAUUUUAAACAGGCUCAUAAAUGAAACAGCCACACGCACUCACACAUGCACAAACACAUAAUCAUGUUCACGUUGUCAGUUCGGCAUUGUUAAAUUUAGCCACGGUGCUUAGCAGGUGUAACAAAUGUCUGCGAGCUGAGGCCUGGGAGGUGUUCCUGCAGAUCAGAGACGCUGCUGCUGUGUCUGAUUACUUGUCUGCUGUCAUGGAGCUCUGCUCUCUGCGUCUAUCUCUUUCUUUCCUUCCCCCUAAAGGAGCCACAGGGGACCAUCCCUGCCUUGCUCAUUCUUUGUUUAGUUUGUGAUUUAGUGGCAAGAAGCACAGCCCCCCCUUCAGAUGUGUGCUUAUUGUUUGUGCGGUUGAUACGUCAAUUAAGGCCACUAAAAGCUCCUGACCUCAGAGUCACAGACAGAACCAGAAAAUUGGAUUUAAGACUAGAAAUGUGUGGACUGCAAUAAUUCAGCCCAGAAUGAGAUUAGAAAUCUUUCUCGGAGUCCUCAUGAGAUUAAGGCUGUGAGGUUUUUAGGGGGAAAACAGCGAGGUAUGGAAUAUGAGUGGCUGUCUGAAUCAGGUUCCUGUCAACUGCUCAGAUUUCAUCCAAUGUGCUUUUUUGUGCCAUGUAUACCCCUACCAGGUCUGGCUGUUUCAUUUUACCUCUCUCCUUCAUCUUUUUGUCCUCAAACUCUGACUUAUCUUCUCUUUCUUUUUCUUCUGUCUAACCUUUGACCUGUCCUAUCCUGUCCUCCACCUCAGGGGACACCACACAAAGGAUGAGAUCCGCUCCGUUUCCGACCCCUGCAGAAUUGGAUGCAUAUGCUAAGAAGGUUGCCAACAACCCCCUCACCAUCAAGAUCUUCCCCAACAGCGUCAAGGUCCCUCAGAAAAAUCACGUGCGGCGAACCGUCAACGGACUGGAUACAUCAGGCCAGCGCUACAGCCCCUACCCCUCCUCUCAGGCCAGUGCCAAGACAGGCCUCCUCGCCAUUGUCAGGGCCCCCUCAGUCAAAGGAAUCCUCAAAGAUUUUGACGGCAGCCGGGCUCGUCUGCACCCUGAAGUCAUCAUGAAUCCUCCCAACGGACCCUACCAAGUGGCUUCGACUAGCACUUUAAACCACCACCCUGCUCUGCAGAACCUCCCCCGGCUCCAGCAGAACUUACCCCUACAACAACAGGAACCGCCUCAGACUCUGCAGAUGCCCCUCCCUCAGCAGCAGGGUCACACCCAGAGCCUCAGACACCCUCCCCCUAUGGCCCAGCAUCCUCAGGGCCCACCUAGACUCCAGACUGUGUGUCAGCACCCAACCCUUGUUCACCAACAGGGGCCCCCUACCAUCAUGCUUCAGCAGCAGCAGCACCUUCAGCAGCAACAGCCACCCCCGGGCCUGCAGGGGGGCAGGAAGGUGUCAGAUGGCGACGCCCCACCAAAUGUUACCGUCUCUACCUCAACCAUUCCACUCUCCAUGGCCGCGGGGCUGCACCAAGGCCGCCAGCCCGACCUGAGCACCAUUGUGCACCAGAUCAAUCAGUUCUGUCAAGCCCGCGCCCAAUGUGCAGGAGCCACAUCCAUGUGCGAGGGCCAGAUCGCUAACCCAAGCCCCAUUAGCCGCAACCUGCUCAUCAGCGCUUGUUCCAGGGUUUCCAUGCACAACAACCAUGUCACCCCCGGCUACCCCCCACCCAACUGCAUACUUGGCCCCCAAGAGAAAGCCACAGCCCCAGUGGGUGCUCACCCCCCACCCACUGUUGCUGCCAUGAACCACUUGCCUUCAAAUCCCGCUGAUCCCAAGCAGCAGCACCUCCUGCAGCAUCAGCACCAACAACCCAAUCAGCAGCAGCAACAACUACAACAUAACGCACAGCAGCAGAAGAUGCGCUCUUGGAAUCAACAGCAGUUAUCUCAUGUACCCCACAUUCAGAACGGUGGGACGCACCUCUGCAAGCAGCCCUCCAGGGACCCUGCCUUCACUUUUAAGGGCAUGGGCUACCCUGCAGAGGUGUGUGUGGGUCAGCCUUACACACUGAAACCUCCCGUGGAUAGGCCGACCCCCUCUCCCCCCGUCAUCAACAACGGCAUGCCCGGCCCCAUGGCCCACUACACUAAUGGUCACUACUUCCAGCCCCACAUGUGGAACAGCAGCAUCCUCCCCACACCCAACAGUGACAGCUCCGGCUCUCAGGACAUAGCCAUGCCAUUCCACGGUGCGGGCCCCGGGGGCUGCACCACACUGGACUGUGGGCCCCCAGGGGCAUCCCAUUACAGGCUAGGAACGAGCUCCUCCACCUCCACCUCCUCCGCCCAGACUAAUCUGAUGCAAACAGCAGAUUACUUGGGUGGGGACUUCCAGACGCCCUACUUCCGCGAUCAGAAUCUCGGGUUGAUGGGCAAGAUGCACAGGCCUCCUCUGAGCAGGGUAGGCCCGGAGGUCGGGGAUGGCAGGAGCGCUCUCAUCCAGCACCCAGGGUACAGAUAAGCUAUGGCCUUGUCUACAACAGUUAUCAAACCCUUUUGUUAAGUCUUAAGAAAGGAAACACAUGAAUAAACUCCAUUGAUAACUUAAAACAAAUGACUGCUAAUGUUAAAGAGGGUAAUUAAUAUAUUUAAUGAAGACAUACAGUAGGUUUUUUGGUUCUUUGAAAAAAAAAAAUCUUGCAAGUGAUCAAUUGCUACUUCGAUUUUUGUUUAUGAGUGCUUUUACCUGGCACUUAAGGGAACUCAUAUUUGUGUGUAUACACUGUGUUUGUAUCAUUCCCACCUUCUUCCUCUAAUGUGUGCCUGUGUCUAAACUGAUCCUGAGUCAGUUUAUCUUCAGAACUGUCUGUUAAGUUUUCUCCUGCAUGUCAGAGAGAAGAAAAAAGGUUCCCUCCCUGAAAAACCACAAUAUCUACUGUUGUAUGUUUUGGUCUUAAAAAGAUUGACUCUGACUAGUUACUAGUUUUCUUUUAGUGUUAACUCUCACAUUUUAUCAUACCUUAAUGAUUAAACACAAUCAUUUGGAGACAAAGGUGAUGAUGUUGUGCAUACUAUUACUGUUUUAGACUCCAGAGACAUCAGAGUGUAGUUGGAAAAGCUUACAAUGUGCACAUGUACACAGGUUUUAUUCUUUUUAAAUGUAAUUAUUUAUUUGUACUAUAGGACUAUUCAUGGUUGAUUUCUCUGUCAGUUCAAAUGCAUGUAAUCAGGUUGUUUGUACAUAUUCAAGACCCACCAGAGAGCAAGUAUGUUAAAAGAGGCAACGCUCAGUCCUGCUGCAAAUGCUGCAAUGAAUUCAGGUGCUCUAAAAAAGGUAUUUCAAGGUUUUUGCAACAUAAUUGUGAAAUGUGUCAUGCAGAAAAGUCCUGAAAGGUUGAUUCUCAUACCUUCAUAAUGGCCUAAGUCAGGUUAGCAAGGACACUCUGUUUUAAAGAUGUGCCAUUUUGUGUUUCCAUUUCAGAUCGUUUUUGUUACCAUGACAAAUAUAUUACUUGAAUGUUGAGAUUAUUUGUUUCGCAGGUAUUGAAGGGGACGGGUGUAUAAUGAGGAAAAAACUCUGGAGCAGAAGAGAUAAUAGUGUUAUUGAAGUCGUGAAGGAGGAACUAAUGUGAUUCAAGUUUGUGUAGUUGCUACUGAAGUGUGCUUGAAAAGACCAAAUUGAUCACUUGCAAGAUCACCUGGAGGUAAACAAAACUGAACUUUAAGUUUAAAGUGAAACAGCAAAUGCAUUGUUUAUUUUAUUGUACACUGGCUUACCUACUAGACUACUGUAACUUUAAAGUUUAAUGAUUGUGUGUGAAUGUUGCCUGCUGAAGUGGGUAGAUUAAGAAUGAGUGUGUGUGCAAGUGUACAAGUGUGUGUGUAUAAAACACAAUGACGCCCAUGUUUUGUUCACCUAAUUCCCUAACAGCCCUUAAAAAGCCUUAAGUGUUUGGUCCUUGGACUUCCCUUGAAAAUGAGCAUGGUUUUAAUAAAAACCCCAAAUAAUAAGGAGAAAGAAGACGCUAAGGAAACACAGAAACAGCAAUUUCUUUUCUUCUUUUUUUUUUCUGGUCUUUUACUUUAAUGAAGUUUCGUUGAAUAGACAGAGCAAUUCCUUAGAGAUUCUUUAUUCUGGAAAGCAAGAAAAGGAGUAAUAUUUUGUAAUUAUAUAUUUUAGCAACGUGUAGUUACUGAGCUGUAACAUUUUUUUCCAAGUUUCCAAGCUUCGGUUUGCAGUUGUGAUUAUUUAUAAUACUUGAUUUGCUUGUUAUUUAAAUUUUCUUUGUUUCUUGUACUAUUGCUGUGAAAUGGAAGAAGGUCCAUAAGCCUUUCUUUUGUGUCAUUCUGUACGACAGAGAAAGAGGCGAGAGCGUGAGAGUUGUGCUACUCUUUUUGUAAUAUUGUAAUAAUAAAAUAAAGUUCUAAUUUAUGCUUUGAAA